UCUGGUCGUGCGUGCUUACACGACCUGCUUCGUCGCUACCCCACCUGUCGAGUGCCCGUUAAAUGAACGGUUUGCUCCUAGUUUUGGAGUAGGUGAAGUGCUGUGAUAGUGUGAUUUUAGUCAUACAAUCAUAUUGUGUAUCACUAGAAAAUUCUACUGUCGACGGCGCGUUGCGAAUUCCUCGGUGUAGUCUAACGGCUGUUCGCCUGACGGCGAGGGAAGGCGGACCGCUUCUACCGGGAGGAAUGAGCCCCGUACACCACCGCUCCCGCACUCACCGAUGAUCUCAAGAGACAAUGCAUAUAACCAACUUGCCACUCGUGGUUUGGACGCUCACAGUCUUAACAACACAUGUAGCGACGCAAAGCCAGUAUGGAAUAGGUUUAGGCAUAAAACGAGAAGUAUUUUUCUUAAAUUUAGAAGACGGCUACUUUGGUUGUCAAGUAAACGAAUCAACACAAAUAUUACAAUUAUAUGAAUUAUCGAAAUUAUGCGAUGGAGUACCGGAUUGCUACAAGGCGUCCGACGAACUGAGAUCAGAGCUCAAAUGCACAGAUGACUGUACCAAAGAAGAUGGCGCACGUUGCAUAAACGGCGCGUGUCUAAACGGUGUGUGCCAUUGCAAUGAUGGUUUCGGUGGCUGCAACUGUCAGGAACCAGAUGUAAAUGAAUGCAAGGACAGGCCAUGUGACGUUUUUGCGCACUGUACCAACACCGUGGGCAGCUUUCAAUGUUCCUGCUUCCCGGGCUACGAAGGCGACGGUUUCACUUGUAGAGAUAUAAACGAAUGUGAAGAUCCGGCGAUAUCUUCGAGAUGUGUCAAGAAUGCGGAAUGUUGUAACUUACCAGCUCACUUCAUCUGCAAGUGUAACCGAGGCUUUGAAGGGGAUGGAGAAGAAGAAUGUCGAGACAUCGACGAGUGCCGACGACCUGGAGCUUGUGGAAGCAACACUGUUUGUCAAAACUAUCCCGGCAACUACACGUGCACCUGUCAAUCUGGUUAUACCGGAAAUCCGUUCGACGGCUGCGUGGACAUUGACGAAUGCGAGAACAAGGAGGCGUGUGGUGUGGGCGCCCUUUGCCGCAACAUAGCCGGCGGCUAUGAGUGCAGCUGUCCGCAAGGCUUCGAAGGCGAUCCUCGCGUCGGAUGCCACGACCUCGACGAAUGCGCUCGCGCUGAGUGUGGUCGCAACGCCCUCUGUGAAAACUUACCCGGCUCCCAUCGCUGUCUUUGUCCACCAGGUUUCCAAGGGAAUCCCGAAGUCGAGUGUAUCGACAUGGAUGAAUGUAGGAGUAGAGAAAAUAUAUGCGGCACGCACGCCGUGUGUACGAACACGGUUGGCAGCUACGUUUGCACAUGCGAGCCCGAGUACACCGGCGACGCGCGCUCCUCCGACGGCUGCACAGAUGUUGAUGAGUGUUCUGUCCUCGAGCAUCCUUGUGGCUCACAGGCUCUAUGUGAAAACGCUUCUCCCGGAUAUAACUGUGUAUGUCCACAAGGAUAUAGAGCCAAACCGGAUGCCAAAAUAGCUUGCGAGCAGGUCGACGUAAACAUACUAUGUAAAUCAAACUUUGACUGCACAAAUAAUGCUGAAUGUAUUGACAAUCAAUGUUUUUGUAAAGAAGGAUUCAACGCCAAAGGAGCUGUCUGCAUUGAUGUCGAUGAAUGCUCAAACGUAUCAAUUUGUGGAGAAAACGGUUUAUGUGUCAAUACCCUCGGUGGAUAUAAAUGCGAAUGUGUCAAUGGAUUUGUUGGCUCACCACCGAGAAUACCUUGUCGAGCGCCGUGUGAAGAUGUUAAAUGUGGCGAUCACUCGUAUUGUAAACCAAAUGGUAUAGAAGCUUAUUGCGUGUGUGAAGAAGGAUGGACAUUUAUUCCUACAGACAUUUCAGCCGGUUGUGUAGAUAUCGACGAAUGUGAUGCGUCCGUGGGACCGGUAGGACGCUGUGGAUCUAACGCACGUUGUACAAAUACAUUAGGAAGUUAUUCUUGUCAAUGUCCUGAUGGAUUUUCUGGAGAUGCAUUUAAAGAAUGUUUCGAUGUUGACGAGUGUCAGGCGGAUGAUGCGUGUGGAGCAAACGCUGAGUGUAUAAAUAAACUGGGUUCCUACGAUUGUGAAUGUCCAGAGGGUACUGUUCCCGAUCCAGAUCCACGUGUGCGAUGUUCGGAAAUUCUGACAUGUAAAAGCGACAACGAUUGUCCAGGAAAUUCUGUUUGCGAUUCAAAUGCUAGAUGCGUAUGUCCCGAACCUAACGUUGGUAAUGAUUGUCGUCAUCCGUGUGAAAGUUUACAAUGUGGAAGUAAUUCAGAAUGUUUACUAAAUGACCAAAUAGCGCAAUGCAUAUGCCGCACAGGAUUCAAAGGAGAUCCAACCUCUCACCUUGGGUGUCAAGAUGUUAACGAAUGUGAUGCAAACCCUUGUGCCUUUGGGGCUGUGUGUAAAAACCUUCCUGGACACUUUCAAUGUGAAUGCCCUGGUAGAUUUGUUGGUGAUCCUUAUGUCGAUGGAUGUGUUUCGAGUAAACAGCCGAGUGAAUGCAGUAAUGUUAAUCCGUGCCCCCAGGGCGAAACGUGUAUUACUCACGAUGGUGAAAACGUUUGUAUAUGUUCGCAAGGUUUCACACGCAAUAAAGAAACUGGGUUAUGUGAAGAUUUUAACGAAUGUACUUUAUACGGUCACUCGCCGUGUGGUUUUAACGCUAUUUGCAAAAACUUACCUGGUAGCUAUGAGUGCAAGUGCCCUAUGGAGUAUAGCGGAAAUCCCUAUUCUCUUUGUGAACUAUGCGAUGACGUCAGUUGUAGAUGUCACCCACCAUAUAAAGUUGUCGAUAACAACUGUGUAUUGUCGGAUUGUGCAAAAGGAAACACAUGUGGCAAAGGAGCAGAAUGCAUAAUAAUUUCCGAGACCGUAAGCUACUGUGCAUGUCCUUCUGGUUUCUCGCAAACUAGUGAAGGUGCUUGUGAAGACGUAAACGAAUGUUUAUCAGGACAACCGGUUUGUGGUUUUGGCGCUGAAUGUAUUAACACCGAAGGCUCAUACAAAUGCAAAUGUCCACCAGGUUAUGGAAAAGAUCCAAUUUCUGGUCACUGUACUAUAAACCAAAAGAGAUGUAUAAGCGAUUCCGACUGUUUCUCAAACGAAAAAUGUAUACAACCUGGACAGUGCAUUUGUCCACCGCCUUUUUACUUAGACAUUGAGGAUGGACAAAAAUGUAAAAGCCCUUGUGAAAGAUUCAUUUGUGGUAUUAACGCAAAAUGUACGCCUAGCGAUCCUCCAAGAUGUAUGUGUAUGACAGGAUUUGAAGGAGACCCCUAUACCGGCUGUACGAAUAGAAACGAAUGCCACAGCUCUCCUUGCGGAUACGGUGCCAUUUGUCACGAUCAAAAAGGUGGAUAUCAGUGUGUAUGUCCUCCAAACAUGGUCGGGGAUCCUUACAAAACAGGAUGUUCCUUCGGCAUAGGUCCAUCACAAAAACAAUUAUGUAGUUCAGAUAAUGAAUGUCCUAAUAACCUUGCUUGUUUAAACCGUACCUGUCUGUCUCCGUGUGUAAGCGUCACUUGCGGUGCCAAUGCAUUCUGCGAAGUGGAUGAUCAUGCCGCCUGGUGCAGAUGUAAUCCAGGCUACACUAAACCUGAGGGCGGAAAAUGCAUAUCCGGUUGCGAUAAUUAUUCUUGUGGCACAGCAGCUCAAUGUAUAAUUUCGAAAAAUGGUCCCACAUGCGUUUGUCCAGAGGGCAUGGUUGGGAAUCCCUUCCCUGGGGGUGGUUGCAGAAGAGACGUGUGUGGCCCUGGGAUACCCUGUGAAGACCCGUUCACGUGCCUCGCAGGAAGAUGUCGACAGCGCUGCGAAAAUGUUGUGUGUGGUGUUGGAGCUUCUUGCGACGAAGAAAGUGGCAGAUGUGUUUGUAAUGCGUUCUUUGUAGGAAAUCCUGAUUUACUUUGUAUGCCUCCUGUUGCUCCUCCAGCUUGUGAACCUGGUUGUAGUGAAAACGCUCAUUGCGUUUACGGACCGAUCAAUUUAUGUAAAUGUGAUAAAGGAUACACUGGCAAUCCGUACUCCAAAUGCUUACCGAGGAGACAAAUAACUUGCGCAAAAACUUCAUGUGGAUUGAACGCCGUUUGUCAGCAAACUAAAUCACAUAUCGAGUGUCUAUGCCCUCCAGGUUACAUUGGUAACCCAAAUUUACAAUGCAUUGACAUCGAUGAAUGCCAAUCAAAACCGUGCGGUGAAAAUGCUAUUUGCAUAAACACUCCUGGUAGUUUCAGUUGUAUUUGCAAGAGCCAUCAUUUCGGUAAUCCGUACGAACUAUGUACACAAGUUGCGAUUUCUAAAUGUGUUGAUGGCAAUGGUUGUACUUGUUCCCAAAAUAAUACUUGCCCGGAUGGCUAUUACUGUGAAAAAUCUUUAUGCGUCGACAAAUGUCGAAAAACAGUAUGCGGCCAAAAUGCUAUUUGCGAAGAAGGACAAUGCGUUUGUCUCCCAGGAUAUAUUGGAAAUCCUAAUGAUUUGCAACAGGGCUGUACUUUUGACAGUAAGUGUGUAACUGACGGAGAUUGCAAAGAUACUGAAAUAUGCUUUCAAAUAAGUAAAAAUAUACGUAAAUGUGUCGACUCAUGCAGUAAAUUACAAUGUGGACCUAAUUCCCUAUGUGUUAGUGCGAAUCAUCAAGCCCAUUGCAUAUGUACAGAAGGCUAUAUUGGUAAGCCUAAUGAUAUUAAAUCUGGUUGUCAUUUGGAACAAAAGCCAAAAGAAGUUGAAUGUAGUACAAAUAGCGACUGCAAUGAGCCACAAGUGUGCGUGCAAGUUGGGGGAAUGAUGAAAUGUUUAGAUCUUUGCACAACUAUCGCUUGCAGCGCCGAUGAAAUAUGUAACGUACUGAAUAAUACCGCACGUUGUGAUUGUAAAGAAGGCUAUUUGUGGAAUCCUGUUACUUCCAGUUGUGAACAACCAUCGACACCUAGCUGUAGAAAUGACAAUGAUUGUGAUGAUAAUAAGUCCUGUGAAAAAGACGUGCUUGGUGUUAAAAAAUGUGUAGAUAAUUGUUCAAUAUUUACAUGUCCACAAAAUUCGAAAUGUGUUACUAACAAUCACAAAACGCAAUGCCAAUGCUUGGACGGCUAUGUAGGAAAUCCGAAUGAUCGUGACGGAUGUAUUGCGUUAGAUAAAAACCAAUGUACAGACGAUGUGCAUUGUAGAGAGAGUGAAAUAUGCAAAAAUAUCGGAAACGUAAAGAAAUGUGUUUCGGCUUGCCAACAAUUAAUUUGUGGACCAAAUGCGAUUUGCAUUACUAAUAAUCACGUAGCCAAGUGCCAAUGUCCAUCAGGUCCUUUUACGGGUAAUGCCGAUGAUCUAGAGAAAGGUUGCCAAUCUGUUCCUUGUAUUUAUAAUGCUGAUUGCUUAUCACAUGAAUUGUGUAAUCGCUUGACACACACUUGUAAUGGUGCAUGCCGAAAUGACUCCUGUGGCGACAACGCAGUUUGUAUAGCUGAAGAUCAUAAAAUCAUUUGUUUAUGCCCUAAUGGAUAUAAACCAGAUCCUAUCCCAGAGGUGAACUGUAGAAAAAUAGAGUUAUGUAAUCCUAAUCCUUGUCAUCCUACAGCCGUAUGUGAACCGCGGCUUUCAUCUUAUACAUGUAAAUGUCCCGUUGGCUAUAUCGGAGAUCCAAAGAAGACAGGUUGCAAAAAACAAAACCAAUGCAUAAACGGAGAUCAGGAUUGUCCUCCUGAAGCAACUUGCGUAAACAACCGGUGCGUAAAUCUAUGCGAUGGCGCAUGUGGGGUGAAUUCUUUAUGUAAAAUUAUCAACAGAAAACCAAUUUGUACUUGUUCUGAUGGGUACGAAAAAUCCAAAAGUGAUAAUUCAUGCAAGAAAAAAAUAUUAGCAUGCCAUGGUGAAAAUGAUUGUGAAGGAGACACAUGCGUCAAUGGACAAUGUUUCGCAGCUUGCAAAAACUCUAGUCAUUGCGAUCCAGGCAAUGUGUGCAUUAAAAACUUAUGCAUAACACAAUGUAACACGCAUACGCAGUGUGCGAUCGGACAGGCCUGUGUCGGAGGGCAAUGUCUAAUAGGAUGUAGAAGCAACGAUGAUUGCAUUGAAGAUGAGGCGUGCCUAAACAACAAAUGUGUAAACCCUUGCCUUGUUGCGAGAUCUUGUGGACCAAAUGCUAUUUGUUCAAGAGAAAAUCAUGCCGUUAAGUGUGAAUGCCCUCCUGGAUUCGAAGGAACACCAUUACCACAGCAAGGGUGUGUAAGAAAAUCUUCUACUUGUUCUCGAACUUCAAAUUGUCCUCCGGAUCAUAUGUGUAUCGGAAACUUGUGCCAGGUUCCUUGUCAAGAUAAUUCUGGAUGUGCUAUAGGCGAAAAAUGCAGCGAUAACAUAUGUCAUAAAAUAUGCCAUUCCAGUAGUAAUUGCUUACAUGGUGAGCAUUGUAACUCCGGGAUCUGUAUUCCCGGUUGCAAAACUGAUUCAGACUGCCUUAAUAAUCAAAUUUGCCAAACUAAGGAAUGUUCAUGUACAUCUGGAUUCAAACUAGUUAGUAAUGAAUGUGUGAAUAUAGAUGAGUGUGUCAAUAAUCCUUGUCACCCAUCAGCACAAUGUAUUGAUUCCCAAGGAUCAUUUAAGUGUGUAUGCCCCACGGGAUCUAUAGGUGAUCCUUAUCAGACUGGUUGCAUGCUGCCUAAUCAAUGCAGACGUGAUUUACAAUGCGAAGAUUCUCUUGCAUGCAUAAAAGGAAAAUGCUCAAACCCCUGCGACAAUAAUGCCUGCGGAAUUAAUGCGGUUUGUUCAGUAAACAGACAUCGUAUGACAUGCACCUGUGAAAGAGGUUACUUAGGUAAUCCUUUUGAUAAAAAAAUUGGAUGUUUCAAAGUAGAAUGCGUAGAUGAUUUUGACUGCCCAACCGAUAAAAGAUGCAACACGAAAAACAACAAAUGUACUGAUCAAUGCGAUGAGCCUGCAUGUGUUGGUGGAUCAUGUAAAAUAGAAGACCAUAAAGAUUUGUGUAUAUGUCCCAAAGGAUUUGAGUUGUUAAAUGGCGCUUGUACAGAUAUUAACGAAUGCAGUAGUAAUCCAUGUCCACUAAACUCUGAUUGCAAAAAUAAUCCAGGUUCAUUUACAUGCAGUUGUGUAAAUGGCACAGUGUUAGAUCUUAGUAACGGUAACUGUAAAGUACCCGGUGAAUGUUCAUCAGAUGAUGAUUGUACCGACACAACUAAAUGCGUCAAAGAUCAUUGUAUAGAUCCGUGCGAUGACUCACCAUGCGGUGAUAAUGCAUUAUGUGGCGUUGUUAAACAUCAACCAACUUGUGAAUGCCCGCCAAACAGUCAAGGAGAUCCUUAUAAUAAAUGUACUAAGUUUGAGUGCACAAAAGAUGCUGAUUGUGCCUUUGAAGAAGCAUGCGUUAACAACAAAUGUAAAGAUUCUUGUAGUAUACCACGCGCAUGUGGCAGGAAUGCAGACUGUUAUUCAAGAAAUCACAUUGGCCACUGUACUUGUUCUUCUGGUUACACAGGAGAUCCAGUUCUUGGUUGUGUUCCCCUUCAAUAUUGUGCUGAUGAUAGUAAAUGUUCUUCAGGCACGAAAUGUGUUGAAAAUUUAUGCGUUGGUGUUUGCAAAAAUUCAAGAGAUUGUUUAGAUGGCCAAGUAUGUAUUCAAGAUACAUGUCGAGUAACUUGUGCGACUAAUAAUACGUGUCCAGAGUCUCAGUUUUGCCUUAAUAGUAUCUGCUCAAAAGAAAUUCAAUGCUUUUCGAAUGAUAAUUGUAACGAAGACGAACAAUGUGUUAUUAACACUGAUGGUAUUGCACAGUGCAUCAAUGUGUGUGAAAAUCAUCCUUGCGGUAGACAUGCUACAUGUUUAGGGAAAUCCCAUGAACCGACAUGUUUGUGCCAAAAAGAUUUCUUCGGCGAUCCUCUUCAAGGAUGUAAAAAGAGAGAAUGUACUAAAAAUUCCGAUUGCCCCGACGAUAAAAUUUGCCAUGAAAAUACGUGCAAAAUUGCUUGUCUGAUACACAAUGAUUGUGGAGAGAAUACUGUUUGUUCCUCUGAAAAGCAUACACAUACAUGUUAUUGUCAACCUGGAUUUACUGGCGAUCCUAUGAAGGGUUGUACAGAAAUAAACUGGUGUGCAACUAACCCAUGUGGUAACGGAGCAGAAUGUCGGAAUACCAGAAAUCAAGCUCAAUGUGUUUGUCCAACCGGAACAGUUGGGAAUGCAUAUGAAGAUGGAUGCCGUAAGGCUCCAGAGUGUAGAUUUAAUAGAGAUUGCCCACCAGUAAGUCGGUGUACCGUUAUUGAUGGUACUCGCAAAUGUACAGAUGCCUGCGACAGUGUAAAAUGUGGUCCUAACUCAGAAUGUAUCGCUGCCAGACAUACAGGUCAAUGUAAAUGUAAAAAUGGUUACGUAGGAAAUGGCGCAAGCGAAAAGGGUUGCCGUCUUCGGGAAGUUGCAUGUAGGAGCAAAACAGAUUGCAGCAAUGAUCAAUACUGUCAUAAAGGAUAUUGCAAAGGCCUGUGUUUGCUCGAUGAGGAAUGCAGAUCGAACGAAAAAUGUAUAAACGGACAAUGUUUAAAUCCCUGUCAAAUGGAGAAAACUUGUGGUCUGAAUGCAGUUUGCAGAACCGACAAUCAUAUAGUACAAUGUAGUUGUCCAAAUAGCUUUACCGGAAAUCAAGACGUGGAAUGUGUUAGAAUCCCAAGAUUGUGCGGCGCUGCAGAGGAAUGUGAUAAUGGCUUUAUGUGUCACAAUUCUAUGUGUCUCCCCCGAUGUAAAGUGGAUGAAGAGUGUGCAUUAAACGAAAGAUGUUCUAAAGGAGUCUGUCUGUUGACUUGUCGAGUGGAUAACGAUUGUUUCCUUGGGCACAUAUGUUUGGCAAACAAUUGUCAAUACGGUUGCAGACAUGAUGAAGAUUGUGGCCCUGAAGAAAUAUGCAAAAAUAAUUAUUGUCAGAAUCCUUGUGCACAUGAUAACAAUCCUUGUGGUCCGAAUGCUUUAUGUUCUGUUGUGGAUAGAAAAGCUUCUUGUGCUUGCGUUGAUGGUUUAAUUCCAAACCCAACACCUAACAUCGGUUGCGUUAGAACUCCUUCGGUAAAUUGUCGUAUGCAUAAGGACUGCAAUGCAGGAUGGCGAUGCGAAGAUGAUCGUUGCCGACCAGCGUGCACAGUUGAUGGCUCAGAGUGCUUGCAAGGCGAACGAUGUGAUUCAGGAGUGUGUAGAUACGCUUGUACAUCAGAUGAGCACUGUACCGAUGACGAAAUUUGUGAUGGGCGAUUAUGUGUAUUAGGAUGCCGGUCUAACUCUCAAUGUUCCAGUAACCUUGCCUGUAUAUCAGGCCAAUGCCUAGAUCCCUGUACCGAGCCUGGUAUGUGCGGCGCAAAUGCUUUCUGUGUAACUAAAGACCACCAACCAGUUUGCUCAUGUCCUCAGACACUAACAGGUGAUCCAAAAGCAGUAUGCAGAAGAUUAAGCUUACAAUGUGAUUCGGAUAAAAAUUGUCCAGACGGACUCACUUGUUAUGGGGACACCUGUCAUCCCUCCUGUAGAAGUGACGGUGUUUGCUUAUCAAACGAAAAAUGCAUUAGAGGAAUCUGCAGGAUAGUAUGUAAUAGUGACGACGGUUGCAAUGAUGGUCAUAUAUGUGAGAACAGAAUAUGUAAGCAAGGUUGCCGCGAUGAAAAUGCCUGUAAUGAUGAUGAAGCUUGUAUAAGCGGUCAGUGUAAAAAUCCUUGUAAAGAUACUAGAAGUUGUGGUAUUUGUGCUGAAUGCAAGGUUAUAAAUCAUCGUGCACAAUGUAGCUGCUCCAGUAAUUUUACAGGAAAUCCGCUAGUUGAAUGCAAAAAGAAAAAAAUUCCAUGUGACGGAUUUUGUCCUUGCGAUGAUAGUGGAUAUUGUAUUUCACUUUGUGAAGAUAAUUCUGAUUGCACUUGUGGUGAAAAAUGUUUCAAGGGUGGAUGUAGAUCUGUAUGUAAUAUCAGAAACAGGUGUCCAGAAAGACAGAUAUGCAUACAGGGUAUAUGUGUGCCAGGAUGUAAUAACGAUCGAGAUUGCGGUGAUGAUAUGAUGUGUUCAUCGAAACAGUGUGUAUCAGUUUGUCGUGAGAAUUCCUGCGGCAAAAACGCACAAUGCAUGGCGACGCGUCACAGAGCAAUUUGUAGUUGUGCCAGUGGAUAUUCGGGAGAUCCAUCAAAAGAAUGCAAAUCUUAUGAAUGUUUAAAGAACGCAGAUUGUGGUGCGGAUGAACAGUGCACCGCGGAGGGAAAAUGCAAGAACGUGUGCUUCGGCAACUGUGGGGUAAAUGCUAUAUGUCGUUCUGUCAAUAAAAUACCGCAGUGCUCCUGUCCUCCAAAUUAUGUAGGAAAUCCAAAAAUAGAAUGCUCAAAACCACCAGCGGGCAGCUGCUUACGUAAUCCUUGUGGAAUUGAUGCCCGUUGCCGCGACCUGGAUGACGGCAGCUACGAGUGUACGUGCCCGCCAGGCUGUGCCGGUAACCCGCAGCGACAAUGUUUCUGCGGAACCAUGGCGCCGUGCGCCCGCAAGACUUGCGGUGUUAAUGCCGAAUGUCGAAUAGGUUAUAACGGACAACCUCAUUGCUAUUGUCCUCGUAAUUACCCGAAUGGAGAUCCAAACAUAGAAUGUAUUCAGGAACGCAGUGUAGUUGAUUGUAGAACAACGGGAUGUGGAAUAAAUGGGGAAUGUCUAAGAGAAGGUGCUGAGUUUGUUUGUCGUUGCAUACCCGGCACGGAAGGACAAGCUGACAUCGAGUGUCACACCAGUAUCGAAUGCACGAGUGACAAGGAUUGCCCGGUAGACAAAGCGUGUUUGAGCUUACACUGCGUCGACCCCUGCACGAUACGAGGCGUGUGCGGUGAGGAUGCGCUCUGCGUGUCUGUCAUGCAUCGAGCCCAAUGUUCAUGUCCUCAAUGCUACGUCGGCCAACCGCGACUUGCUUGCCGCCUCGACCCCACUUGUAAGCCGACAGCCGACAGCCUAAACACGACUAUCACUUGUUCAGAAACCAAGCCAUGUCCACAAAAAUUGGCAUGCGAUACAAAUACAAACCAAUGCCGUAAUCCUUGCUUGGAAUAUCAGCACUGCAAACCAAAUCAGAAAUGUGAAGUAAGAAAUCACUUGCCAGUUUGCGUAUGCCGUAAUGGCUUCGCGUUAAAUGACAAAGGAGAACUAACAUGUGCACCUGAACACGCGGAAUGUACUAGAGACGAACAAUGUCCAUCGAAUUCUGUUUGUCGCAAUACCAAAUGCGUAAAUCCAUGUUUAGCGUCGCGAGAACCAAUGUGUCCCCAAGGGAAACAGUGCGAAGUAGUAGAACAUCGAGUUAUGUGCGUCUGCGUCGAAGAAUGUCAUCCAUCCGUGUCGAUUUGCUUAAGAGACAAUGGAUGCCCACAGAACUUGGCUUGCAUAGAUUUUCAAUGUAAAGAUCCAUGUAAAGGUGCAUGUGGUGAUGCUCCAUGUUCAGUAGAAGAUCAUCACCCAGUAUGCAAGUUUUGUCCUAGUGGAUUUACUCACGACGAAAAGCAUGGCUGCAUUAAAGCUUUAGAAUGCGGCGCACAUGAGCACUGCGCGGAGGGGCUGGCUUGCGUGAGUGGCCGAUGCGCGGACCCGUGCUCCCACGGUAGCCCCUGCUCCUCUGGUCAACGCUGUGCCGUCGUCAACCAUCAGCCGGUUUGCUCAAAGGUCUGCCAAUGCCAGACUGCAUCGGAUUGCGCAAGAUAUCCAAAUACGCGUUGUGAUGGAUGCGCCUGUGUUACAGAUAAACCAACAACAAAUUGUGCGCACUGCCGGCCAGGAGUACCUUGCGAUCCAUUCUCCGGCGCUUGCAUGGAAAUUGGUUGCACUCGUAAUGAAGACUGUUCUUUGACCGAGGCAUGUAUAAAUAACGCAUGUCAACACCCGUGUGCUAUACAUAAUCCCUGUGCACUUAACGCAGUCUGUAUAAACACAAACCACGGCUCCGAUUGCAGCUGCAUUGAAGGAUUCCAGGGCAAUGGAUAUGUUGGAUGUGUACCAGUACGUAAUCCUUCACAAUCAGUGUGUCAGUACAAUGAAGACUGUCCUCCAGAAUUGCUUUGCGAUAGAAUGAAUAGAGUCUGUAUAAAUCCCUGCGCUAUUAACAAAUGCGGUGACAAUGCCGAAUGUAUCCCGGAAAACCACGGUGCACAGUGCAGAUGUGGAGCCGGCUACACAGGAAACCCCUUUUUAGAAUGCUACAAAGUACAAGGAUGUCGUUCUGACAACGAAUGCUUAAACUCCGAAGCUUGUAUUAACGGAAACUGUGGUUCUCCCUGUAAAUGUAGUGUGAAUGCUGUGUGUGACGUCUUGAACCAUCGCGCAUCAUGCAAAUGCUUACCGGGAUACACCGGUAAUCCAGUUUUAGGCUGUGAACCGCCAUUGAAUCCUUGUAUUCCUAACCCUUGUGGUAUAAAUGCGUUAUGUGAAAGCGACAAUGGCAAUCCUAUAUGUUUCUGUCCCAAAGGUUUGACUGGUAAUCCUUUCAAAAAUUGCAUACCUGAAGGAAAUGAAUGUGAACCUAAUCCCUGCGGCCCUAACACUGGAUGUCGGCUCAUAGACAACAAACCAGCAUGCUUCUGUUUACCCAAUUACGAGGGCAAUCCUCCACGACAGCCGUGUAAACUCCCACAAAACCCUUGCAAUCCAUCGCCGUGUGGACCUAACACGCAAUGUACAGUCCUAGCGAAUGGAUUCUCUAAAUGUACAUGUUUACCAGGAUAUGUAGAAAGCCCCAAUACAGUAAGAGGAUGUAUCGAAGCGAGAAAUCCGUGCGAGCCAAACAUGUGCGGCGAAGGGGCCCGAUGCGAUCCUAACAGAGUACCCGUUUGUUAUUGUCCAGAAAAUACAGUUGGUAAUCCAUAUAAAUCAUGUAAUCCUUACAUUCAUUCGAAUGUUCUUUGUCAACCCGGACCUUGUGGACAAAACGCCGAAUGCUACGUAGCUACAAAUCGGGAAAUGUGUUUCUGUAAAACUGGUUAUACUGGAGAUCCGUACAUCGGAUGCGAGCCACAAAGAAGUCAAUGUAUACCCAAUCCUUGUGGGCCUCGUGGUAUUUGCAGUACUAACUAUGAUGGCCAGGCCCUGUGUACUUGCGCCCCAGGGAGUACAGGAAAUCCCUACGGGUUGGAUGGUUGCAUAUCUCUUGAAUGUGAGGUCGAUGACGAAUGCGCACCAAGUAAAGCUUGUAUUGGCUUUUCCUGCCGCGAUCCAUGCCCUGGCGUAUGUGGACUAAAUACAAAAUGUCAUGUAGAAGCACAUCGCCCCGUUUGUGUUUGUGAAGAAGGCCUCAUUGGUAAUCCUCUGAUAUGUUGCUUACCACCCGAAGGUCAAAAGUCAUUCCAACCUUGUGACAGAGUACAGUGUGGAUUAAAUGCAAUUUGCCAAAAUGUCGGAGAUAAAGCUUUAUGUUCGUGUCCUCCCGAUUUAAUCGGUGACCCAACUGUCGAAUGCAAGCCUGAAUGCUUAAUGAAUUCUGACUGUCCCUCUAAUGAAGCGUGUCUUAAUCAAAGAUGCGUCGACCCAUGUACUUUCAAAAAUAUUUGCGGCAUGAACGCUUCAUGUGUAUGCACAGACCACACUGUGUCUUGUAUUUGUCCGGAUGGAUACAUCGGUGAUCCGAAGAUUCAAUGCGUCUAUCGCCCUAUUAUAAUUCCACAAGAUAACACUACAAUUACACCAUGUUCACCGAAUCCCUGUGAUACAAAUGCAGUAUGUGAUCCCUACGGUGACCAGGUCGCAAUCUGUGUCUCUUGUGUGGGAUCUCAGGACUUAAGCAAUCCGGCGUGUAGACCAGAAUGUGUCCUCAGUUCUGACUGUCAAUUUAACAAGGCUUGUUUAAGAAAUAAAUGUGUCGACCCAUGUCCUGGAUCAUGCGGCGUAAAUGCUGAUUGUUUCGUAUACCAUCACGAUCCUGUUUGCCGAUGUAGAGACGGAUUUGCAGGAAACCCGUAUGAACAUUGCAUACCAACUACUACUAGUCCAACUGUACAUGAAACAUGUGAUUACAUUCGAUGUGGUGAUAACGCUGUAUGUCAAGAUUCAAAUGGCCUUCUCAGUUGCCAAUGUUUGCCAAACUUUUUUGGUAAUCCGUAUCUUUCUUGCCGACCUGAAUGUACUAUUAACAGCGAUUGUCCGACCAACGCAGCAUGUUUGAAUAACAAAUGUAAAUCACCUUGUAAGGACGUUUGUGGCACUGGCGCACUAUGUGAAACUGUCAACCACCAUGCCGUAUGUUACUGUCCACCGGGUCACACUGGAGAUCCAUAUGUUAGAUGUCAAAUUCCCGUGUCUGUGUCACCGCCCUUAUCUGUCUGUGACCCAUCACCGUGUGGUCCAUAUAGUCGUUGUCUUGUGUCGCCAACUGGUUCCGCAGUGUGCUCAUGUUUACCCGGUCACGUCGGAAUGCCACCUAUGUGUCAGCCUGAGUGCGUUGGCAAUUCCGAUUGUUCACAAGAAUUGACUUGUGUUAAUCAAAAAUGUAUCAAUCCUUGUCAGGGCAGCUGCGGGGUGGGCGCCACUUGUUUUGUAGUUAACCAUAAUCCACUAUGCACUUGUGACACAGGAAAAACGGGAGAUCCGUUCCUUGCAUGUGGUGAAAUCAGUGAAGGCAAAACACCAACAAAACCACCUCCAGGAGAUAAUCCUUGCUUGCCUUCACCUUGUGGACCCAACUCUGUUUGCGAAAUAAAAUCCAACCAUCCAGUUUGUUCAUGCCAGCCAAACUAUUCUGGCACCCCGCCAUACUGUAGACCAGAAUGCAUAAUAAGCCAGGAGUGUCCAUCGAACCAAGCUUGUAUCAAUGAAAAAUGUGUGGAUCCAUGCAAAAAUGCAUGCGGUAGUAAUGCUAAAUGCGAUGUUGUAAAUCAUACACCACUAUGUAGUUGCCUGGAAGGUUUCAAGGGAGACGCCUUUAUUGGAUGUGUCACAGUACCAAAAGAAGAUGUAACACCAUGCAAUCCUUCACCUUGCGGAGAGAACACCUUAUGCACAGUAGUCGGAAAUACAGCCCGAUGCUCAUGCAUACCACCUAAUAUUGGAAAUCCUUAUGCGGGAGGCUGCCGACCGGAGUGCUCUAUGAAUUCCGAUUGUCCUAAUAAUCUGGCGUGUUUGUCGAACCAUUGCCGAGAUCCUUGCAAGGAUUUAUGCGGAGUGAACACAGAGUGUUCUGUCACUAACCACGUUCCUAUAUGUACGUGCUUUAAGGGAUAUGAAGGCGAUCCAUUUUCGUCAUGUCGCCAAAUCGCCAAGACACCAGCACCAUUAAAUCCGUGCCAGCCUUCGCCGUGUGGUCCGAACAGCGACUGUCACGUCGUGGGCGAGCGAGCGGCGUGCUCGUGCCGCGCCGGCUACCUCGGCGCGCCGCCCUCUUGCCGGCCUGAAUGCGCCGUCAGCUCCGACUGUCCCAUGGACAGAGCUUGCAUAAGUCACAAGUGCGAAGACCCGUGCAUCCACAGCUGCGGACUCGACGCCCGGUGUCAUGUCGUCGGACAUAAUCCAAUUUGUACUUGUCCCGAACAUUCCCCAGAAGGCGAUCCGUUCAUUCGAUGUUACAGGAAAAAUAUAACGAUGGCUUCACCUGAUCCAUGCUUGGCAUCGCCGUGUGGGCCGCACUCGACCUGCCGCAACGAGGCGGGCCGCGCCGUAUGCGCCUGUGAGGCCGGCACACUCGGCGCACCCCCCUCCUGUCGCCCGCAAUGUGUAAUUAACCAAGACUGCCCUCUCGCGCUUGCUUGCCUCGGCGGCAAUUGUGUCAACCCUUGUGUCGGCUCGUGCGGCUUCAACGCGCGUUGCAAUGUGCAAAACCACCAACCGAUCUGUUCCUGCGACGAGGGUUACUCAGGGGAUCCGUUCGCCGGUUGCAAUCAAAUCGAAAUCUCAAAAGAAAUGCCGCGUCAUCCUUGCAACCCGUCGCCUUGUGGACCUAAUGCGAUCUGUCGAGAAAAGAAUGGUGCUGGUUCAUGUACUUGUAUAGACGAUUUUCAUGGAGAUCCAUACUUAGGCUGUCGCCCAGAGUGUGUUAUGAACACUGACUGCGCUGUAGACACAUCCUGCUUCAAUAAUAAAUGUGUAGAUCCUUGCCCUGGAACGUGUGGGCAAAACGCUGUGUGUCGGGUUUCCAAUCAUGCACCUUCUUGUUACUGCUUACCUGGAUACAGUGGAAACCCUCUUCAUGCAUGUAUUCCUGUUACGACUUCCCCGGAAACGAUUGACCCGUGUCACCCUACACCUUGCGGACCCUAUAGUAAAUGUCGUACUUUUAACGGACACGCCGUUUGCACGUGCCUUGACAUAUGUGUCGGUGCACCGCCUAAUUGCCGACCCGAAUGUAUCGUUAGUUCCGAUUGCCGACCGAAUAAGGCAUGCAUUAAGCAAAAAUGCCAAAAUCCGUGCGAGGGAAUGUGUGGCGUUAAUGCAUUAUGUCAAGUUGUUAAUCAUAAUCCGAUAUGUUCGUGUCAAAAGGAUUAUACCGGUGAUCCUUUCGUUCAUUGCUACUACGAAGAAAAACAAAUGAUACCCAUUGACAACUGUUCGCCAAAUCCUUGUGGGCCUCAUUCACAAUGUAAAGACCAAUACGGAGUACCAGUUUGCUCAUGUCUUUCUAAUUAUGUGGGUCGACCUCCAAAUUGUAGGCCCGAAUGUGUUAUCAGCGUCGAAUGUCCUGGAAAUUUAGCUUGUCUGUCAGAAAAAUGUAGCGAUCCCUGUCCAGGAUCUUGUGGUAUUCACGCUACGUGUGUAGUAAUUAAGCAUGUUCCUAUAUGUACUUGUGAACAUGGAUACACGGGUGAUCCAUUCGCAGGAUGUUCUCCAAUAUUACCGAUUGAAAUUCAACCGGAGAACCCAUGCUCGAGGUCUCCUUGCGGAGCUAACGCAGUUUGUAAAGAAAGGAACGGCGCGGGCUCGUGUUCCUGUCUUUCCGAAUAUUACGGAGAUCCUUACGUGGAAUGCCGACCAGAAUGCGUUUUAAAUUCUGAUUGUCCAAAGACCAAAGCUUGUGUUAAUAAUAAAUGCAAAGAUCCAUGCCCUGGCGUUUGUGGAAUGAAUGCCGAAUGUAAAGUAAACAACCACGCACCUUCUUGCGCGUGCUUACCAGGAUAUGAAGGAAAUCCAUUUACAUCUUGUUACCCAAGCGUUGACCACACGAUUGAUCCAUGUUCGCCCUCACCAUGUGGGCCAUACAGUUUAUGUCGGGUAAGCAGCGGUUACGCAAUUUGCUCAUGCCAGGAAGAUUACUACGGUUCGCCACCCUUAUGUCGGCCCGAGUGUAUGGUCAGUAGCGAUUGUAUGCCAAAUAAGGCCUGCGUUAACCAAAAGUGUGUAGACCCUUGUAAUGGAGCGUGCGGCAAUAAUGCUAAGUGCAUGGUUGUGAACCAUAAUGCACUCUGUAGUUGCCCACAAAACUAUAUCGGUGAUCCAUUCGUCCAAUGUACCUUUGAUAAACGACCAGAACCAAAACCUUCAGGAAAUCCUUGUAUACCAUCACCGUGCGGACCGAAUUCGCAAUGUCGUGUAGUGGGUGAAACGCCAGCAUGCUCGUGUUUGAGCGGCUACAUAGGGCGCGCUCCGAACUGCCGCCCUGAAUGUAUUUACGAUGAAGAAUGUCCAAGUAACUUGGCCUGUAUUCGUGAAAAAUGUAUGAGUCCAUGCGAAGGCUCCUGCGGAUCAAAUGCUGAAUGUGUAGUUAUUUCACAUAAAGCAGUUUGCCAUUGUCGUGAAAGUUAUACCGGGGAUCCAUUUAAUGGUUGCUAUUUCGUGGUCGCAAUAGAAAACGAGGAAGAUGCAAAUCCAUGUAAUCCAUCUCCAUGUGGACCAAACGCAUUAUGCAAGGAAAAGAAUUCCGCCGGUUCAUGCAUUUGCCAGCCGGGAUAUCACGGAGACCCAUAUUUAGGAUGUCGGCCAGAAUGUGUCACUAAUAACGACUGUUCAUCUAACAGAGCGUGCGCAAAUAACAAAUGCAUAGAUCCUUGCCAAGGAGCAUGUGGAAUGAAUGCGCAGUGUCAUGUAGCUCACCAUAAGCCUGUGUGCUUGUGUAUCAGUGGAUUUGAAGGAAAUCCGGUUGUUUCUUGCCAUCCACAAAGAAGUCCAUCUUUGGCUGACGAGAACCCCUGCGUACCGUCACCUUGUGGUCCGUACAGUCACUGCAAAGUAAUAGAUAAUCACGGAGUAUGCUCUUGUCAAGAAGGCUAUGUAGGUUCACCGCCGACAUGUAGACCAGAAUGCGUCACUAGCACGGACUGCCCGCAGCAUCAAGCGUGUAUGCAACAGAAAUGCAAGGAUCCAUGUCCGGGAACGUGUGGAGUUAAUGCGCGGUGCCAAGUCAUAAAUCACAAUCCUAUCUGUACAUGUAAAUCAGGAUUCACUGGUGAUCCUUUCGUUACUUGUCAGUUAGAGAAAAAACCUAUCUUUACGGGACCUAAAGGAAACCCUUGUGUACCUUCACCAUGCGGUCCAUACUCUCAGUGUAAAGUAAUCGACGAAGCGCCUGCAUGUUCUUGCUUACCGAAUUAUGUUGGUAUUGCACCUAAUUGUAGACCUGAAUGUUCUAUCAAUGCCGAAUGCUCUGGUAAUCUUGCAUGCCAAAAUGAAAAAUGUGUAGAUCCAUGUCCGGGUUCAUGCGGUUUCAACGCAGAAUGCUCUGUCGCCAAUCAUGUAGCCUUAUGCAAUUGUGUGCCAGGACAUACAGGUGAUCCAUUUAGUGGAUGCUCCAUAAUAGAACAUAUUCCUGAACCGCCACCAAAUCCCUGUAAUCCUUCUCCGUGUGGCGCGAAUGCGAUUUGUAAAGAAAGAAAUGGAAUCGGUGCAUGUUCGUGUCUACCUGAAUAUUUUGGCGAUCCAUACACCGGAUGUCGACCAGAAUGUGUAUCAAAUUCCGACUGCGACCGCAACAAGGCUUGCACUAACAACAGAUGCAAGGAUCCGUGCCCCGGUACCUGUGGUAUUAAUGCAGAAUGUAGGACCGUUAACCAUUCUCCGACGUGCACAUGUCUAACCGGCUAUACUGGCAAUCCGUUAGUAAAAUGCGAAGUGGGCAAUGUUGAAAUACCUCAAAUCGACCCUUGUCAGCCAUCACCUUGUGGACCCAACAGUUUAUGUCGCGCCGUCAAUGGGCAUAGCGUUUGCACAUGCGAUAUUGGUUACAUUGGCACUCCACCAUCGUGUCGUCCCGAAUGUAUUGUUAGUUCAGAAUGUCCACAAGACAAGGCUUGCGUGAAUAAAAAGUGUACGGACCCUUGCCCGAACACGUGUGGACUUAACGCUCGAUGCCAAGUAAUUACUCAUAAUCCUAUAUGCAGCUGCAUAACAGGUUACACUGGGGAUCCGUUCACUGAAUGUGUUGAAGAGCCUAGGCAAAUUGACCAUGUCAAUCCUUGCGUUCCAUCACCUUGUGGACCAAACUCAGAAUGUCGAGUUAUUAGUGAUCAAGCGGCCUGCUCUUGCUUACCAAACUACAUUGGAAGGGUACCAAAUUGCAGACCAGAAUGUACUAUAGAUGCUGAAUGCCCCAGCAACACGGCUUGUAUUAAUGAACGUUGCAAGGACCCAUGUCAAGGAGCUUGUGGCUUAAAUGCUAUUUGUUUGACGGUUAAUCAUAGACCAAUCUGUAGUUGUCAACAAGGAUAUACAGGAGACGCUAUUAAUACUUGUGUACAAAUUAUCGUAACUACAACGGAAAGGACAAGUCCUUGCACUCCUUCACCAUGCGGUCCCAACGCUGAGUGCCGUGAACACAACGAAGCCGGAGCGUGUUUCUGUACCGAAGGCUACGAAGGUGACCCGUACAGUCCAUCUGGGUGUAGAAGGGAAUGCGAAAGUAAUGAUGACUGUCCGUUAAACUUAGCCUGCACGAGAUUCAAAUGUAUCGACCCCUGUCCGAAAACGUGCGGUCAAAUGGCAGAAUGUACUGUAGAAAAACAUGUACCAGUUUGCACUUGCCCAUCUGACCAUACUGGAGAUCCAUUCUUCCGAUGCCUUAGGAUAGUAACUGAACCUCCACCGCUAAAUCCUUGUGAGCCCACUCCUUGUGGACCAAACAGUCAAUGUAGACAAGUCAAUAUGCAAGCAGUUUGUUCAUGUCUUCCUAAUUACAUUGGGUCACCACCAUCAUGCAGACCACAAUGCGUGGUCAACAGUGAAUGUGAUACGUCUAAAGCUUGCAUAAAUCAAAAAUGUGACGAUCCUUGUCCAAAUACGUGUGGAUUAAAGGCUCACUGUCUUGUCAAAAAUCAUAAUCCAAUAUGUACAUGUCCGGCCGGCCUAACUGGAGAUCCAUUUACCGUUUGCUACAAUAUUCCACCAACAACAGAAAUACCAUCUUGUACCCCAUCUCCGUGCGGACCACACUCGCGUUGUCAAUUAUUAGCAAGCGGACCAGCGUGCUCUUGUUUACCAGGCUAUGUAGGCUCUCCCCCAUCUUGCCGUCCCGAGUGUACAAUCAACUCGGAAUGCCCAGCAUCCUUAGCGUGUGUGCGACAGAAAUGUGAAGACCCUUGUCCAGGUUCGUGCGGAGUAGAAGCAAAUUGCCACGUUUUGAACCAUGUCGCAGUUUGUGUUUGUAACGAAGGAUUUACAGGUGAUCCAUUUACAAGGUGCACACCUAUAAUUGAAGCACCAACAACUACAAGUCCUUCAGAUCCAUGUAAUCCAUCCCCUUGUGGACCAAACGCUCAUUGCGAUAAUGGAUUCUGUACAUGUAUACAAGAUUACAGCGGCAAUCCAUACGAGUCAUGCCGUCCGGAAUGUACUGGAAGUCAAGAGUGCCCUAGAGAUAAAGCUUGUUUCAGAAACAAGUGCAGAGAUCCAUGCCCUGGAGUUUGUGGUCAAAAUGCAAAAUGUGAUGUUAUUAAUCAUAUACCAACCUGUUCUUGCAUUAGUGGACAUACUGGCAAUCCAUUUACUCAUUGUCAACCAGCAACUCCGAUUGAACAUGAUGAAAAUCCUUGCCAACCGUCGCCGUGCGGACCAAACAGCAUAUGCAGAAUAAAUGAUAACACAGCAGUUUGUGCUUGUGUAGAGGGUUUCCAAGGAUCACCACCAGCCUGCAGGCCAGAAUGUGUUGUUAGCUCUGAAUGUCCUGCCACUAAAGCUUGCGUUAAUCAAAAGUGUAUUAACCCAUGUAUUAAUGCAUGCGGUAUCUCUGCUCGCUGUGAAGUAAUUAAUCACAGUCCAAUAUGCAGUUGUAAUCCAGGCCAAACCGGAGAUCCAUUCAAGAGUUGUUAUGAUGAAAUUGUGCCGACAAAACCCGUAGAUGCUUGCAAUCCAUCACCGUGUGGUCCGAAUUCGCUAUGCGUCGAACGUAACGGCAAGGCUAAUUGCAGAUGCGUAGAAGACUACGUCGGACAGCCUCCAAAUUGUCGGCCAGAGUGUGUUAUCAACCCAGAUUGCCCAUCAAAUCAAGCAUGCGUGAGAAAUAAAUGUAUCGACCCCUGCCCAGGAUCCUGUGGCGUUGACGCGGACUGUAUUAUAGUCAGCCACACAGUCUCGUGCACAUGUAGAGAAAAGUAUACAGGAAAUCCUUUCUUACAAUGUGUGCCCCAAAAUGAUGCAGUUGAAAAACCAUGUGAUCCAUCACCAUGUGGCGCAAAUGCGAUUUGCACUCAAAGAGACAACGCUGGUGCAUGUUCUUGUUUAGACGGUUUUUAUGGAAAUCCCUACGAUGGUUGUCGCCCAGAGUGCGUUCUUAGUUCUGAUUGUUCGGCUGAUAAGGCCUGCAUUAAAAAUAAGUGCACAGACCCUUGCCCCGGUAUUUGUGGAUCCAAUGCCGAAUGUGCUGUAAUUAAUCACGUCCCAUCAUGUGCUUGUUUAAAGGGUUACUCUGGCAAUCCAUUCGUGCAAUGCAGUCCCCACAAACCGACACAAGAAGUCCGACCCUGUGAUCCAUCACCUUGUGGACCCAAUAGUAUUUGUCGUGAAAACGGUGAACUUGCGUCUUGCGAAUGUCUUCCUGACUAUCGAGGGGCUCCUCCUGAUUGCCGACCAGAAUGCACAGUGAGCAGUGAAUGUCCAUCUGAUCGUGCAUGCCAUAAACUUAAAUGUGCCGACCCAUGCAGAGGAACUUGUGGUAUUGGCGCUCAUUGUCAAGUUAUUAAUCAUAGUCCACUCUGUAGCUGUCCAGCCGGUACCAGCGGAGAUCCAUUUAGCAAAUGCUUAGAAAUAGAGAAAAGCGUCGUAGAAAAAGAUCAACCGUGUAAACCAAAUACAUGCGGUCCAUAUAGCGAAUGCCGGCCAGUUAAUGGUCAACCUUCAUGUUCCUGCUUAUUUGGUUAUUUAGGCGCUCCCCCAAAUUGUCAUCCAGAAUGUCUGGUCAAUACAGAUUGCCCGUCACAGUUAGCUUGCAUAGCAGAGAAAUGCAUCAAUCCCUGCGAAGGCUCCUGCGGGUACCGAGCGGAAUGUCGCGUUCAUGAUCACAUCCCGAUAUGCAGCUGCCCCACAGGCUACUCCGGUGAUCCUUUCAUUCAGUGUGCAGAAGUCAAAAAUGAAGAAUUACCACCACAGAACCCAUGCAACCCAUCACCAUGUGGGAGCAAUUCACUGUGUGAAGAUGGAGUUUGCACAUGUGCCCCCGGUUACUUCGGAGAUCCAUAUCAGGGCUGCAGACUGGAGUGCAGUACUAACGGCGAAUGUUCACCUACCCGCUCAUGCCAAGGAGGAAAAUGUGUAGACCCGUGUCCCGGCGCUUGUGGAACGAAUGCUGUCUGUUCUGUGAACAACCAUAUACCAUCAUGCUCAUGCCCGGCUAGUAUGUCUGGUGAUCCAUUUUCGUUCUGCACUGAAGUAGCUCAACCAGCAACACCUUGUUCACCGUCACCUUGCGGACCAUAUAGCGAAUGCACAGUGAGUAAUACUGGUGUCGCUGCAUGCUCGUGCCGAGCCGGCCACGUCGGUUCCCCGCCGUCUUGCAGGCCGGAAUGCCUGGUCAGCUCAGACUGCAAACUACAGCUAGCCUGUAUAGACCGCCGGUGCCGCGACCCCUGUGAGGGUGCCUGUGGCCGCGGAGCACGAUGCCAAGUUAUCGCACAUUCGCCCAUAUGUACUUGCAAUGACGGAUACACUGGCGAUCCAUUUACUUAUUGUUACCCAGAACCAUCUAUACCGUCUGGGCCUAUCGAUCCUUGUCAGCCAUCGCCAUGCGGACCGAAUUCAAUUUGCGUAAGUUCAGGAGAAAUGCCGGCGUGCAGUUGCCAGCCUAAUUUCAUUGGAGCACCUCCAAACUGUAGGCCCGAGUGCACCAUAAGCGCAGAGUGUCCUGCAGCUCUCGCUUGUGUCGCACAACGAUGCAAAGACCCGUGCCUUCAGGCAUGUGGCCCUCGCGCUAUUUGCUCAGUAAUCGACCAUCGUGCAACUUGUGCCUGCGAGUCUGGCCUCGAAGGAAACCCAUUCCAGGGUUGUUCACAACCUAACGCUCCAUCAAAAACUGAAUACUUAAAUCCAUGCGAACCUUCGCCGUGCGGUCCGAACGCUGAGUGCAGAGUACAAGACAAGGCUGGAUCGUGCACGUGCAUACCUGAUUAUUUCGGUGAUCCAUACCAAGGAUGCAGACCGGAAUGUUUAGCCGAUUCAGAUUGUCCUCUUACAUCCGCGUGUAAUAAAAAUAAAUGUACGGAUCCAUGCCCAGGAGUGUGUGGACAGAAUGCAGACUGUUACGUUACAAAUCACAAGCCCUUGUGCAAUUGUAGGACUGGAUACACUGGUAAUCCACUUUCUAUGUGUACUCCUGUACCCGAGAGGGACACAUCAAUAAGUGAUGUUUGCUAUCCAACUCCCUGUGGUGCAAACGCAAUGUGUAGGAAUGUAAAUAACCAGCCGGUAUGUUCUUGCUUACCAAAUUACAUUGGAUCCCCACCAAAUUGCAAACCGGAAUGUGUAGUGAAUUCCGAAUGCAAGCCAAACAAAGCUUGCAUCAAUCACAAAUGUACCACUCCAUGUCCGGCUCCGUGCGGUCAAAAUACCGAAUGUAAAGUAAUAAAUCACAGUCCAGUAUGCUCUUGUAAGAGAGGGUAUUCCGGAGACCCUUUUACAAUUUGUAGUUUGGUUCUACAAACUGUUCCGAGUGUUUUCGCACCACUAGACCCAUGCUUGCCGUCUCCUUGCGGUUUGUAUGCGAAUUGUCAGAACAAUAAUGGAUUGCCAUCUUGCUCAUGUUUGCCGUCUUAUACUGGCUCUCCACCAUACUGUAAACCAGAAUGUGUCGUUCAUUCGGACUGUGCCAGUAAUUUAGCAUGCGUUGCGGAAAAAUGUAGAAAUCCGUGCGAGGGUUCAUGUGGAUUAUACGCAAAAUGUUUCGUGAAUAAUCAUAUACCAGUGUGUCUAUGCCCUGAUGGGUUUAUGGGUGAUCCAUUCAGGGAAUGCAGACCGAAACCGCUCGAAGAUACCACACAACCUACAGUAAGAGAUCCAUGUCGUCCAAGCCCAUGCGGUUCGAACGCUAUUUGCAGUAAUGGAGUUUGUUCCUGCGAAGAAGGUUAUCAUGGGGACCCAUACUUUGGCUGUCGUCCUGAAUGCGUUUAUAAUUCUGACUGUCCACAAGAUAAAGGCUGUCAACGAAACAAAUGUGUGAACCCCUGUACGGAUACUUGCGCUCCAAAUGCAAUCUGUGAUGUUAUAAAUCACAUACCUAUGUGUUCUUGUCCAAAGGGUAUGAGUGGAAACGCUUUCGUGGAAUGUAGACCAACACUUGUGAUUUCUGUAAACCCUUGCAACCCAUCACCGUGUGGACCUAAUAGUCAGUGCCAUCAAUCAAAUGGGCAAGCGGUUUGUUCUUGUAUACCAGGAUUUAAAGGCAGUCCACCGACAUGCAGACCAGAAUGCGUCGUGAGUCUUGAGUGUCCCCUGAAAGAAGCCUGUAAUAAUCAGAAAUGUGUCAAUCCUUGUAUCGGUGCCUGUGGAGCUGCAGCAGUGUGUGAUGUCAUCAACCACAAUCCAAUUUGUACGUGCCCUCCAUCUUUCACUGGAGAUCCGUUCAUAAAAUGUACAUAUAGCGUUGAAACUCCCGUUAGAGUAGACCCGUGUGAGCCUUCGCCAUGCGGACCGAAUUCGGUAUGUAGAAUAAGCGGUGACAGCCCAAUAUGUGCAUGCAUGCCAAACUACAAGGGAUCACCUCCUAACUGCCGACCCGAAUGUGUUAGCAACAGUGAAUGUGAUAAUCAUUUGGCUUGUGUAAAUCAAAAAUGUAGCGACCCAUGUAUAGGAAGCUGUGGACCGAACGCGGAAUGCAGAGUUGUCAGUCAUUCCCCGAUGUGCAUAUGUCAACAAGGCUACACUGGAGAUCCAUUUUCAUACUGUAACCUAAUGCCGGUAAUCGAAACCGAAGUUCUAAAUCCUUGCAGUCCUAGUCCUUGUGGAUCAAAUGCUAUUUGUAAGGAAAGGAAUGGUGUCGGAGCUUGUACAUGUGCAGAAGGCUAUUCGGGUAAUCCCUACGAAUCCUGUCGCCCUGAAUGCGUAGUCAACACCGACUGCCCAUUAAAUAAAGCUUGCACAAGGAUGAAAUGUGUCGACCCUUGCCCCGGAACAUGCGGCUCGAACGCUUUUUGUCAAGUGAAUAACCAUCUACCCAAUUGUAUAUGCCAACCCGGCUAUACAGGAAAUCCAUUUAGUCACUGUAUUGUUAUGGAAGAGCCUGAUAAUGUACAACGAAACCCAUGCAACCCUUCACCAUGCGGAGCAAAUAGCCAGUGCAAAGAAAUUAAUGGUCAAGCAGUCUGCUCAUGUUUAUUGAAUUUCGUCGGAUCUCCUCCAAACUGUCGACCGGAAUGUGUCGUGAGCUCAGAAUGUCCCGCUAAUUUGGCUUGUCUUAAUCAAAAAUGUUUGGAUCCUUGUGUCGGCAGUUGCGGAGAAAAUACUAAUUGUAAUGUAAUCAAUCAUAGCCCAAUCUGCGUAUGCAAACAAGGUUUAACAGGAAAUCCAUUUACAAGAUGCUAUCCCAUAAAAAUGUCUAAACCACCAAUGAGUUUGCCAAAACCAGAUCCAUGCUUGCCUUCUCCCUGCGGCGUGUAUGCCGAAUGCCGCAAUAUCGGUGAUGCGCCAUCUUGCGCUUGCAAGUCUGGUUAUGUCGGUAAUCCCCCCAAUUGCAGACCAGAAUGUACAUUGAAUUCUGAAUGUCCCGGCAACCAGGCUUGUAUCAAUGAAAAAUGUCGUGAUCCAUGUCCCGGUGCUUGCGGUUUGAAUGCGCAAUGCAAUGUCUUCAAUCAUAUCGCUCAAUGUAGCUGUUUGGAACAAUAUACUGGAGAUCCUUUUGUACAAUGUCAUUUUGAGCCGGAAAGAGAUGAAGUGUACAGCGAAAUCGACCCCUGUAAUCCAUCACCCUGUGGUCCCAAUGCCGAAUGUAACGAUGGCAAAUGCACUUGCUUACCUGAAUACAACGGCGAUCCGUACUUCGGUUGUCGACCGGAAUGUCUCAUCAGCAAUGACUGCCCACCCAAUAAAGCAUGUGCAAGAAAUAAAUGUAUAGACCCAUGUACAAAUUCUUGUGGAAAAGGAGCUAUAUGUAAAGUUUUCAAUCACAUACCUAUGUGUACUUGCCCUGAAGGCUACACGGGUAAUGCAUUCCUUGAGUGUCGUCCUUUUGUCUCUGAAAUAAUAAAUCCUUGCAAUCCUAGCCCUUGUGGACCGAACAGUCAAUGUAGAGAAGUUAACGGCCAAGCAAUUUGUACUUGUUUACUCGGAUAUCAUGGGGCACCUCCGACGUGCAGGCCGGAAUGUAUAUCGAGUUCUGAAUGUUCGCUUGAUAAAGCUUGUUCGAACCAACGUUGCAUUGAUCCAUGCAAAGGAAAUUGCGGAGCUGGUGCCGUUUGUCAAGUUAUCAAUCAUAAUCCUAUCUGUUCAUGUCCAUCAGGGCUAACAGGCGAUCCAUUUACAAAAUGCAUGUUACAAGCCACCGAAUUACCUCCGUAUGUUAAUCCGUGUGAACCAUCACCUUGUGGACCAAAUUCAAUAUGUAAAGAGAUUAGUGGUUCGCCGUCAUGUGCUUGUCUCGACGAAUUCACAGGCAGUCCUCCGAAUUGUCGUCCAGAAUGCAUAGCAAACUCUGAAUGUCCUAAUCAACUCGCGUGCAUCAAUCAAAAAUGCAAAGAUCCUUGCCCUGGUUCAUGCGGUAUCGCCGCGGAGUGCAGAGUUGUAAGCCAUUCACCACAAUGUUUUUGCCAGCCGGGUUAUACGGGAGAUGCAUUUAUAGAAUGUAAAAUCCUCGACGUUCAACUGAGACCAUGUUCACCAUCACCGUGUGGGCCUAACGCAGUUUGCAAAGAAUUGAGAGAUGCAGGGUCUUGUGUGUGCUUACCGGAUCACAUCGGCAAUCCUUAUGAAGGUUGCCGUCCUGAAUGUGUCGUAAACUCAGAUUGUGCGAUCAACUUGGCCUGUACACAAAACAAAUGUAAAAAUCCUUGCAUCAAUGUGUGCGGAAGAAAUGCAGUAUGCAAUGUUCAAAAUCAUGCACCGAAAUGUGAAUGUUUACCGGGAAUGAAUGGAAAUCCAUAUCAAGAAUGCCACGAAGUGAAAGAAAUGAUUCCAGUGCAAAAGGACCCAUGUACUCCAUCUCCUUGUGGUCCAAACAGUAUUUGUAAGGUAUCGAACAAUCAAGCUUUGUGCACCUGCCAACCCGAGUACUUAGGUUCACCGCCGUCAUGCAGGCCCGAAUGUCUCGUCAGCUCAGAGUGUUCGCUGCAAACAGCAUGUAUAAAUCAGAAAUGCAAGAACCCCUGCGAAGGAGUUUGCGGACAGAACACAGAGUGCAGGGUCAUUAAUCAUAGCCCCGUAUGUUCAUGCCGACAGCAGUUCACAGGCGAUCCAUUCAGCCAUUGCUACAAGGUUAUCGAUAUAAUAACUGUAUCUAAGAAUCCUUGUCUACCGUCGCCAUGUGGGCCAUAUUCGGAAUGUCGCGAUACCAACGGGUCGCCUUCUUGCUCUUGUCUGCCACGGUACACUGGAAGCCCACCAAACUGUCGCCCGGAAUGCACGCUCAACACGGACUGUGCUAGCGAUAAGGCGUGCAUCAACGAACAAUGCGUCGACCCGUGUCCUGGCGCCUGUGGAAUAAAUGCGGAAUGUAGAGUUCAAAGCCACGUUUCUAUAUGCACGUGCAUCACCGGCUACAUUGGUGAUCCAUUCACCAGCUGUUCGCUAAAACCUUUGAAAGAUGAGACUCCGAUAGAUCCUUGCAAUCCAUCACCAUGUGGUUCGAACACAGAAUGCAAUAACGGUGUUUGUACAUGUCUACCUGAGUACCAUGGUGAUCCAUAUUUUGGUUGUCGGCCAGAAUGCACCUCAAGUUCUGAGUGUCCAUUGGAUAAGGCGUGCGUGAAGCAGCGAUGUGUCGACCCAUGCAUUGGAACUUGUGGUACGGGAGCCAUAUGCGAAGUUGUCAAACACAUGGCUAUUUGUACGUGUCCUCCGAGAAUGACAGGAAACGCUUUCAUUCAAUGUAAUCCAAUUCAAGAUGUUAUCCGUGAUAACCCAUGUCAGCCCAGCCCUUGUGGACCCUACAGUCAGUGUCGAGUAUUCAACGAUCAAGCAGUUUGUUCUUGCUUGGGUGGAUAUUUGGGUUCGCCCCCCGCCUGUCGACCAGAAUGUGUCGCCAGCUCCGACUGUCCAACAGAUAAAGCAUGUAGCAAUCAGAAAUGUAUCAACCCCUGUGUAGGGUCAUGCGGUGUCGCAGCGAAAUGUCAAGUUAUUAACCACAACCCAAUAUGUACUUGCCCUACCGGACUUACUGGAGACCCUUUUACGAGAUGUAUUAAGAUGCCCGUAAUCGACGCCGUAGUGUCAACCAACCCUUGCCAACCAUCGCCAUGUGGACCUAAUUCCAUUUGUCAAUCGACUGAAUCAGAUAUUCCUACCUGCCAGUGUAUGCCUGACUUCCUCGGAUCUCCUCCAAAUUGCCGACCUGAAUGUAUUUCAAACAGUGAAUGCGCUCAACAAAUGUCAUGUAUAAACAAAAAGUGUCAAAACCCGUGUCUACAAGCGUGCGGAAGUAACGCUGAAUGCAAAGUGGUAAGCCACACGCCAGUAUGUAUGUGUCCAGAAGGAUACGCCGGUGAUGCAUCGGUACAAUGCACUGUAAACGCUCUAAUAAUCAAUGAGCCCAUAUCGCCUUGUGUUCCAUCGCCGUGUGGCCCUAAUGCUGAAUGUAGAGAACGGUCUGGAGCAGGUGCUUGCUUCUGCGUAAACGGUUACUUCGGAAAUCCAUACGAGGGUUGCCAUCCCGAAUGUUUAGUAAAUUCAGACUGUCAAAGUAACAAAGCUUGUGUAAGGAAUAAAUGUAUCGACCCUUGCCCCGGAACUUGUGCCGUUAAUGCGGACUGUCAAGUAGUAAACCACUCACCAUCAUGUACAUGUCGGCCGGAGUACACUGGCGAUCCUUUCAGACAUUGCUACAUCCAAAUUAAGGACGAAGCAAACACCGAUCCGUGUCAGCCUUCACCGUGCGGUCCCAACAGUCAAUGUAAAGUUACGAACGGACAAAGCGUUUGCUCGUGUCUGCCUGAGUACAGAGGCUCACCUCCAAACUGUAGACCGGAAUGUGUUGUGAGCACGGAGUGUUCGACUGAUAAGACUUGUAAGAACCAAAAGUGUGUCUCACCAUGUCCCGGUCCCUGUGGUCAGAACACUGACUGUAAAGUGAUUAACCACAGUCCAAUUUGCACAUGUAAAUUAAAAUAUACAGGAGAUCCAUUCUCCAACUGCUACAAAAUUACUGGCCCAAUUUCGGCAGUAUCUGAAUCAGAUCCUUGCGUACCUUCUCCCUGUGGUUUCAACGCUCAAUGUCAGAAUUUACGAGGAGUACCGACAUGUUCAUGUUUACCUGGCUUCGAAGGAAGUCCGCCAAACUGCCGACCGGAGUGCACAAUAAACGAAGAUUGUGCAAGUAAUCUUGCCUGCAUCAACCAAAAGUGUACCGAUCCAUGCAAAGGCUCUUGUGGAAUCAAUGCAAAUUGUCAUGUUAUGAAACAUGUAGCCGUCUGUACUUGUAACGAAGGUUUUACGGGUAACGCUUUCACUCAAUGCACAGUUGUGAAACAAAAAGACGAAAUCGAACCAUGCAAUCCAUCGCCGUGCGGUCCAAAUGCGGAAUGCUUGAAAGGAAUUUGCACUUGCCUGCCUGAAUUCCAAGGAGACCCGUAUAGCGGCUGCCGACCUGAAUGCUCCCAAAGUACUGAGUGUGAUCGUAAUAAAGCCUGCAUCAGAAACAAAUGUGUCGAUCCUUGUCCCGGAACGUGUGCAGCUACCGCCGCCUGUAAUGUCGUUAAUCAUAUUCCGAUGUGUAGUUGUCCUGAACGUAUGACAGGCAAUGCUUUUAUAGAAUGUCGUCCAAUUACGGAUCCCAUCCAUAUAAAUCCGUGUCAGCCAUCUCCUUGCGGACCUAACAGCCAGUGCAGGAAUGUGAAUGGCCAAGCAGCGUGUUCGUGUGCUCCCAACAACAUCGGCGCGCCGCCAACUUGCCGGCCCGAGUGCACCAUCAGCGCGGAGUGCGCCCUCGACCAAGCAUGCAGCAACCAGCGCUGCAUCAACCCUUGCAUCGGCGCAUGCGGACAAAACGCCGAAUGCAAAGUGGUUAACCACAAUCCUAUUUGCACAUGUCCUAUGUCGUACUCUGGCGAUCCAUUUUCACGGUGCUUCCGACUCCCUGAAAAGUUACCUGAACCCAUAAAUGUUUGUACUCCAUCACCUUGCGGGCCUUACUCAUUAUGUAAGGAUGUCAAUGAAGUACCGACGUGUACAUGUCUAGAAGGCUAUAGCGGUCAACCACCAUAUUGCAGACCAGAAUGUAGCAGCAACGAAGAGUGCCCAACUCAAUUGUCAUGCGUUAACAUGAAAUGUAAGAACCCAUGCGAGGGCACUUGCGGUGCUAACGCUGAAUGUAAAGUUGUUAGUCAUUCGCCGAUCUGCUUCUGUUCUUACGGCUUUACUGGAGAUCCGUUCUUCGGCUGCGUGCCUGAACCUUUACGAACCGAACCUACAACGAGCCCUUGCUCGCCAUCGCCUUGCGGUGCCAACGCUAUUUGCAAGGAAAAAAAUAACGCGGGUUCCUGCAGCUGUAUUGAGAACCACAUCGGUAACCCAUACGAAAGUUGUCGGCCAGAAUGCGUUGUGAACACCGACUGUGCAUCUAAUCUCGCCUGCGUUAAUAGUAAGUGCGUCGACCCCUGUCCCGGUAGCUGCGGUAACAACGCCGUCUGCCAAGUGGUCAACCACGCAUCUCUGUGCACUUGUAUCGAUGGAUACACUGGUGAUCCAUUCAAGUAUUGUACUUAUGAAGAACCAAGACCGAUAUCCAAACCUCUCGAUGCGUGCUACCCUUCACCGUGCGGCCCCAAUAGCCAGUGUAAGGCAAAGAAAGGUCAAGCCGUAUGCUCUUGCUUAGAAGACUAUGUCGGCACCCCACCUAACUGCCGACCAGAGUGCGUCACGAGCUCCGAAUGUGGUCACGACAAGGCUUGUGUCAAUAAUAAAUGUAUUAACCCAUGUCCGAAGCCGUGCGGCCUGAACACCGACUGCAAAAUCAUUAACCACAGUCCAAUAUGUUCGUGUAAGAAUUCAUACACAGGAGAUCCGUUCACGAUGUGCACUCCAAUAAGAUACGAACCUCCACUAGCUACAAAUAUACCGUGCCACCCGUCUCCUUGUGGACCAAACUCUGAAUGUCGAAAUAUUGGAAAUAGUCCCUCUUGCUCGUGUUUAGCGGGCUUCGUAGGUAGCCCGCCCAACUGUAGGCCGGAGUGUACGAUACAUUCUGAUUGUCCGAGCGACAGAGCUUGCAUAAAAUCAAAAUGUAAGGAUCCAUGUCCCGGUUCAUGUGGUUUAUCAGCUUCCUGCAGUGUGCUAAAUCACAUACCAAUAUGCACAUGCAUUGAAGGUUAUAUAGGCGACCCAUUCACAAGUUGCAGACUGAAGCCUCUUGAAGAAGAAGCAAGCACUGUUGACACAUGCACUAAUGUUCACUGUGGCUCUAAUGCAGAAUGCAUCAAUGGACAAUGUCAAUGUUUACCUGAGUAUCACGGUGACCCAUACUUCAACUGUCGACCGGAGUGUGUAUUCAGUACGGAUUGCGACAAGGACAAAGCUUGUAUACAAAGAAAAUGUGUAGAUCCGUGCGUUGGUGCUUGUGGUCAAAACGCAAAUUGUCAGAUAGUCAAUCACAUACCAAUGUGUAGUUGCAACAUCGGAUUCACAGGAAAUGCUUUCGUUAUAUGUAAUCCUAUCAGAGUACAACAAUCUGAAAAUCCUUGCAACACAGCAAUUUGUGGUCCUAACAGCCAAUGUAGAGAAAUAAAUAAUCAAGCAGUUUGUUCGUGCCUGCCAACAUAUCUUGGUUCACCUCCAGCUUGUAGACCGGAAUGUGUUGUUAGUGCAGAAUGCCAACAAAACCAAGCAUGUACGAAUCAGAAGUGUGUCAACCCAUGCAUCGGAGCAUGUGGUCUGAGAGCUACUUGUGAAGUCAUCAAUCACAAUCCCAUCUGUACCUGUCCAUUGGGAUUUUCUGGAGAUCCAUUUGUGGCUUGUACAUACAUUACAAGCGUACCGCAAGUCAUCAACCCAUGCACGCCGUCACCGUGUGGUCCAAAUUCUAUCUGCAAAGAAAUAAAUGAAAGCCCAUCGUGCACCUGUAUGCCCGAAUACAAAGGACAGCCUCCAUAUUGUAAACCAGAGUGCAUAAGCAACAGUGAAUGUUCCACUCAUUUAGCUUGUGUCAAUCAAAAAUGUAAAGACCCGUGUACAAGAGCAUGCGGCGCAAAUGCAGAAUGUCGUGUUGUGAGCCAUUCCGCGAUGUGUAUCUGUCCUCAAGGAUAUGAAGGCGAUCCGUUUACUCAAUGCGUUCUACGAUCAGCUGUUGAAAUUUUAACACCGUGUCAACCUUCUCCAUGUGGACCAAAUGCUAUUUGUAAAGAACAAAAUAAAGUCGGUUCGUGCACUUGCAAUGAAGGUUACUUUGGAAACCCAUAUGAGGGUUGUAGACCAGAGUGUGUGAGCAAUUCAGAUUGCCCUGGUGAUAGAGCAUGUAUUGGUAAUAAAUGUCAAGACCCAUGUCCGGGAACAUGCGGACUAUUUGCGGAAUGUAACACGAUAAAUCACGCACCUACUUGUACAUGCAACGUUGGGUACACUGGAGAUCCGUUCCGACGAUGCCACCUUAUGCUAGAUGCGCCUACUCCGGUAAAUGUUUGUUCUCCUAGUCCUUGUGGACCCAACAGCCAAUGCCGUGUUGUUAACGAUCAAGCUACUUGCAGCUGUUUGCCUGACUAUAUCGGACAACCACCCUUAUGCAAGCCCGAGUGUCUUCUAAACUCAGAUUGUGCUACGGACAAGGCUUGUGUUAACCAUAAGUGUAUAAAUCCUUGCCCUGGCCCAUGUGGACAAAAGGCUGAAUGUCGGGUAUUUAAUCACAAUCCCAUUUGCAGUUGCGUUUCAGGAUUUACAGGCGAUCCGUUCACAAGAUGCUACUUAAAACCAACUUCUCAACCUGUCAUCGAUGAAACAAGAGACCCAUGUGUUCCAUCCCCUUGUGGAAUGCACGCUAUAUGUAAAAAUUUCGGAGGUCAAGCGACAUGUUCAUGUUCCCCUGGUUACUUUGGAAGUCCACCAAAUUGCAGACCCGAAUGCGUGACAAAUCAAGACUGUGUCAGUUCGUUGGCAUGUAUUAAUGAAAAAUGUACCGAUCCCUGUCCUGGGUCUUGUGGUCAAAACGCUCAGUGCUCAGUAUUUAAACAUGUAGCCGUAUGCACAUGCCUAGAAGGCUAUAAAGGGGAUCCAUUCACUGUUUGUAAAAUCAAGCCGUUAGAAGACCCCAUCGUCACCGACCUGUGUAACCCGUCUCCUUGUGGUUCGAACACUAAUUGUGAUAAUGGACAAUGCUUUUGCCUGCCAGAAUAUCACGGGGAUCCAUAUAUUGGUUGUCGGCCAGAAUGUACAGUCAGCUCAGAUUGUGAAAGGAGUCUUAUAUGUGUAAAUAAGAAAUGUGUUAAUCCGUGUCCCGAUACGUGUGGGUCAAAUGCGAUUUGUGAAGUCAUAAAUCAUGUACCGAUGUGUAGUUGCCCUAUAGGACAUACUGGAAACUCAUUUGUUUCCUGUAAUAAAAUCCAAGCUCCAUUGCCUACCAACCCUUGUAAUCCGACACCCUGUGGACCGAAUAGCCAAUGUCGUGAAAUUAACAACGUAGCGGUAUGCUCAUGUAUACCUGGAUAUUCAGGAAACCCACCAACAUGUAGACCGGAAUGUACCACAAGCUCUGAAUGCCCGCUCGACAAAGCAUGCAGUAACUAUAAAUGCACCAAUCCCUGCACAGGAUCAUGCGGAGUCAACGCUCAUUGUGAAGUUGUAAACCACAAUCCAAUAUGCUCAUGCCCUAAUGAUUUCACAGGCGAUCCAUUUAGUAGAUGUAUUCCAAGACCUCUAGAAUCACCACCUCAAAUUAAUCCUUGUGAACCGUCACCGUGUGGACCGAACUCCAUUUGUCACACUCUGAAAGAUUCACCUUCCUGCUCUUGUAUGCCUGAAUUUAUCGGAGUACCGCCAAAUUGUAGGCCAGAAUGCACCAGUAAUAGCGAGUGUCUGAACCAUAUGGCUUGCAUUAAAAAUAAAUGCGCAGACCCAUGCCAAGGUGCAUGCGGCUCAAAUGCACAAUGUAGAGUUGUAAGUCAUACGCCGAAUUGUAUAUGCCUGCCUGGAUACACAGGAGAUCCGUUUGUAAAUUGCAUUGAGAGUAAAUUCACUCCAGAAAUCUUAUCACCGUGCACUCCAUCCCCUUGUGGUAGUAACGCUAUCUGUAAAGAAAAGAAUAACAUUGGCUCAUGCGUAUGUUCUCCUGGCUAUUUCGGAAAUCCUUAUGAAGGCUGUCGCCCUGAAUGUAGUGUUAAUACAGAUUGUCCCUCGGACAAGGUGUGCCAGCAGAACAAAUGUCAAGACCCUUGUCCUGGUACAUGCGGAUCUAACGCAGAAUGUCAUACCAUAAAUCAUUCUCCUAUGUGCUCUUGUCUUCGAGGAUACACCGGUAAUCCAUUCCAAAAUUGUGUCAUUAUUCAAGAAAUUAAGGAACAAUCAAAUCCCUGCAGUCCUUCUCCAUGCGGUCCGAAUAGUGAAUGCAAGGUGAUAAAUGAACAGGCUCUUUGCAAGUGUUUGAAAGAUUUUGAAGGCAGUCCACCAAACUGUAGACCUGAAUGCGUUGUCAGUGCGGAGUGCCCAACUAAUAAAGCCUGUGUAUCACAAAAAUGUAUCGACCCUUGUGUAGGACAAUGCGGACAAAGUACUAAAUGUCAAGUCAUAAAUCACAGUCCGAUAUGUACUUGCAUAGAACACUACACGGGUGAUCCGUUCAGUCGAUGCUAUCCAAUGAUUAUAAACGCGCCAUCAGAAGUUGAACAUCCGAAACAUCCAUGCAUACCAUCACCUUGUGGACCAUAUAGUGAGUGCAAAGAAGUCGGAAAUAUUCCAUCCUGCGUUUGUCUACCUAACUACAUCGGUUCACCGCCAGGCUGUCGUCCGGAGUGUUUAAUAAACCCAGACUGUCCCAGCAACAUGGCUUGCAUAAACCAAAAAUGUAGAGAUCCUUGUCCCGGUUCUUGUGGACUAAAUGCUCAAUGCAUUGUGAAAAACCAUAUGCCAAUAUGCACCUGUUUGGAUAAUUAUGCCGGAGAUGCAUUCGUUGAGUGCAAAUUAAAAGAAAUUUCACAGGUCGAAAUCGACUUGUGUAAUCCAACCCCCUGUGGCGCAAACGCUAUUUGUGACAAUGGGCAAUGUUCUUGUCCUUCUGGAUACCAAAUGGGACCAUCAUUUGAUUGUCGUCCAGAAUGUGUCCUUAGCUCAGAUUGCCCACAGGACAAAACGUGUCAUAAAAACAAAUGCGUUAAUCCGUGUAACAGCGGCGUGUGCGCGGCCAACGCAAUUUGCGAAGUCAUCAACCACGUGCCUAUGUGUAGAUGCCCAGAGCGCAUGGUGGGCAACGCUUUCGUUUUGUGUACUCAAAUUGAAGUUGAAAAAGUGCGGCCAUGUGAUCCAAAUCCUUGUGGACCAAACAGUCAGUGCAGGGAAGUAAAUGGGCAAGCUGUGUGCUCAUGUCUAGUUGGGUUUAUCGGCAGCCCCCCUUCAUGCAGACCUGAAUGUGUACUAAGCACUGAUUGUUCACCUGAUGAAGCUUGCAGCAAUAGAAAAUGUAUAAAACCAUGUCAAGGCGCAUGUGGCGUAGAUGCGAAGUGCCAAGUGAUAAAUCACAACCCCAUCUGUUCAUGUCUCCCGCAUUACACAGGCAAUCCUUUUGUACGAUGCGUCAAGAUAGAAUUUAAACCUGAAAUCGUUAACCCCUGCACACCUUCACCAUGUGGUCCUAAUUCAUUAUGCAAGGAAACAUUAGGUUCACCGUCAUGUUCUUGUCUUGAUGGAUUUGUAGGAUCACCACCUUAUUGCAAACCAGAGUGCAUUAGUAAUUCUGAAUGUCCAACCACUAAAGCUUGUAUAAACGAGAAAUGCGUUGAUCCUUGCUUGGGAACGUGUGGAUCCAAUACUAAAUGCCAUGUCAUUAGCCAUUCACCAUCGUGCGGCUGUCUGCCAGACUACACUGGAGACCCAUUCAGUGAAUGUUACAAGGUAGAAAUUAUUCAAGACAUUUUGACGCCUUGUCAACCGUCCCCAUGCGGAGCAAAUGCCAUUUGUAAAGAAUUUAAUGGCGCCGGAUCUUGUACCUGCAUAGAAAAUUUCAUAGGAAAUCCUUACGAUGGGUGUCGUCCUGAAUGUAUUAUUAAUACCGAUUGUCCAUCAAACAAAGCUUGUCUCCAGAAUAAGUGUCAAGAUCCAUGUCCAGGAGCGUGCGGUUUGAAUGCUAUUUGUCAAGUAGUAAACCAUGCACCAUCGUGCUCGUGCUUAAGAAGCUACACUGGCGACCCAUUUAGACACUGCACACUGCAAGAAAUAGAAGAUAAACCUAUAAACGUUUGUCAACCUUCACCAUGUGGUCCGAAUAGCCGUUGCCAGGAAAUAAAUAAUCAAGCGGUGUGUUCUUGCUUACCUAAUUACAUCGGCUCUCCACCGGGAUGCCACCCAGAAUGUACAAUAAGUACGGAAUGUCCCAAAAAUAAAGCAUGCGUUAAUCAGAAAUGUGAAGAUCCUUGUCGCGACGCUUGCGGAAUGAACACAGAAUGUCGCGUCAUCAACCACAGGCCCAUCUGCACUUGUGUAACACGAUACACUGGAGAUCCAUUCACACGAUGCUACCCAAUGCCACCUCCUGUUGCCAACGCUGAAUUGGAACCAUACAAAAAUCCAUGUCUACCAUCACCUUGCGGUCCAAAUUCUGUUUGCCAAGAAGUCGGUGACAUACCAUCAUGCACAUGUAUGCCAAAUUAUAUAGGAAGUCCACCUAAUUGUCGACCAGAGUGUACACUUAACUCCGACUGCCCCACUUCUCAAGCUUGUAUCCAUCAGAAGUGUCAAGAUCCUUGCCAAGGUUCUUGCGGUAUAAAUGCACUAUGUACCGUUUUCCGACAUACACCGACUUGUAACUGUCCAGAAGGGUACACCGGUGAUGCGUUUACGGUUUGCAAUCCAAAAAUAACAAUGCCAUCGGAUGUACUAGAUAAAUGCAAUCCAUCUCCAUGCGGAACUAACGCAAUUUGCAAUGAUGGUUUAUGCACAUGCGUUGAAGAGCAUCACGGAGAUCCGUACGUAGGGUGCCGACCAGAAUGUGUUCUAAGCAUUGACUGUCCAAAAGACAAGGCCUGUGUUAGAAAUAAGUGUGUGGACCCAUGUGAAAAUACUUGCGCUGUAACAGCUGUUUGCGAAGUUAUUAAUCACGUUCCUAUGUGCAGCUGUCCUCAAGGAAAAACUGGAAACGCUUUCUAUAGUUGUGAUCCAAUUUCAGUACCAGUUGUAACAAACCCUUGCCAUCCUUCGCCUUGUGGACCAAACAGUCAAUGCAGAGAAGUUAAUGGGCAGGCCGUUUGUACUUGCGUACCUGGAUACAUGGGCAGCCCUCCCACAUGUCGUCCGGAGUGUGUCGUGAGCUCAGACUGCCCGCACAAUAGAGCCUGUAGUAACCAGAAAUGUAUUAAUCCAUGUUCAGGAUCAUGUGGAGUCGAAGCUAAAUGUGAAGUUAUUAAACAUAACCCCAUAUGUACUUGUCCACCUAAAUACACAGGAGAUCCUUUCGUCAGAUGCAUACCGUUCAGAACAUCCAUGGCAGAUGUUACACCAUGUUCACCAUCCCCAUGCGGCCUUAAUGCAAUUUGUAAAGAAGUGGCCGGAUCCCCUUCCUGCGCCUGCCUGCCCAACUUUUUUGGUUCGCCUCCUUAUUGCCGCCCAGAAUGUUCUUCUAACAGUGAAUGUCCUCCUAGUCAAGCAUGUAUAAACCAAAAAUGUAAAGAUCCUUGUAUAUCGGCGUGCGGUGUAAAUGCACAAUGUAAGACGAUUAGUCACUCGCCAAGGUGCUUCUGUGAUUCCGGAUACACGGGAGAUCCGUUCACAACCUGCAGACGUGAAGAGUUAACGAUUGUAGAAAAAACGACUCCUUGUACUCCAUCGCCAUGCGGCCCUAACGCCGAAUGUAAAGAGCAAAAUGCUGUCGGAUCUUGUAGUUGUCUACCUGAAUAUAUCGGAAACCCAUAUGAAGGUUGUCGUCCAGAAUGUACGAUUAACACCGAUUGCGUACAAAACAAAGCUUGUAUUCGUAACAAAUGUCAAGAUCCGUGUCCAGGAACUUGUGGACUUUUAGCAACAUGUACAGUUGUGAACCAUUUACCAUCUUGCUCAUGUCCAAAUGGAUACACAGGAGAUCCAUAUCGCCAAUGUAAUGUACUAAAAGAAGCAUCACCAGUACCCUUGACACCUUGUGUACCAAAUCCAUGUGGUCCAAACAGCGUCUGUCGACCAGCGAACGGGCAAAGUGCAUGUUCAUGCAUGCCUGGUUAUAUAGGCUCUCCUCCAGGAUGUCGACCAGAAUGUACUAUUAGCUCAGAGUGUCCAUCAGACAAAGCAUGCGUCAAUCUUAAAUGUGUAAAUCCCUGCCCCAAUCAUUGUGGAACAAAUUCUAAUUGCAGGGUCAUAACACAUAGCCCUAUUUGCUCAUGUAUCCCUGGGUUUACAGGAGAUCCAUUUACACGUUGUUAUAAGCACGUUAUUGCAGAACAUACCCCAGAAAUUCAAAAUGAUCCUUGCUUACCAAAUCCCUGUGGUGAAAAUGCCCUUUGUCGAGACAUUAAUGGAUUCCCAUCAUGCAGUUGCAUGCCUGAGUUCCAAGGUUUGCCACCAAACUGCAGACCAGAGUGCGCCAUAAAUGAAGAUUGCCCCUCAGAUAAAGCAUGCUUAAACAUGAAAUGCAAAGAUCCCUGCCCUGGAAGUUGCGGUCAAAAUGCAGUGUGCUCUGUGUUCAAUCAUUUUCCUGCUUGUACGUGUUCUCAAGGCUACACGGGAGAUCCAUUCACACGUUGUGUUGUUAUUGAACAGAUUAACGAUGAGUUACCCCCUGAUCCGUGUAAUCCAUCACCGUGUGGUUUUAAUGCUUUGUGUUCAAAUGGAGUAUGCACCUGUAUGCCCGAAUAUCGGGGUGAUCCAUACAUAGGGUGUAAGCCAGAAUGUGUGACAAACAUGGACUGUGCUUUAGACAAAGUAUGCUCUAGAAAUAAAUGCGUGAACCCUUGUCCUGGCACUUGUGCUUUUAAUGCAAUUUGCACGGUCUAUAAUCAUAUUCCUAUCUGUACCUGCCCAGAAAAUAUGUCUGGAAAUGCAUUUACCGAAUGUCAUACUAUACAAGUUAUUGAAGUUCAACCCUGCAACCCUAGUCCUUGUGGACCGAACAGCCAGUGCAGACCGUUCAAUAACCAAGCCAUAUGUUCAUGCCUGCCCGCAUACAUCGGCAGUCCACCGUCUUGUAGGCCUGAAUGUACAAUAAGCGCAGAAUGUCCGCUGGACGAGGCUUGCAAUAACCAAAAAUGUAUAAAUCCAUGCAAGGGCAGCUGCGGUUACGGAGCAAGGUGUCAAGUAAUCAACCACAAUCCAAUUUGCUCUUGUCCAUCGCAGUACACAGGAGAUCCGUUCACACGCUGUACUGCAAUAAUGUCUGCGCCUCUUCCGCCGAUAGACCCAUGUACACCGAGUCCUUGUGGUCCGUACUCCACGUGCAAAGUCAUCGGGGAGUCCCCGUCGUGCACCUGCCAACCGGAGUAUAUCGGCUCACCACCAAACUGCCACCCGGAGUGCAAUAGUAAUUCAGAAUGUCCAACCAAUAUGGCGUGUGUGAACCAGAAAUGUAGAAAUCCUUGUCCCGGAAGUUGUGGUUACAACGCUGAUUGCAAGAUUGUCAGCCACGCUCUAAUAUGUUCCUGUCCCUAUGGCCAAACUGGAGAUCCACUAAUUUCGUGUAAUCCUGUUAAAGAUUCUGUCAUAGAAUACAGUUCGCCGUGCGACCUUUCACCUUGCGGACUUAACGCCAUUUGCACUGAAAGAAAUGGGGCAGCAUCUUGCAAGUGCGUCGAUUCCUACGUCGGCAAUCCUUACGAGGGCUGUCGUCCGGAAUGCGUCAUUAACAGCGAUUGUACCCCUACAUUAGCUUGCGUUCAAAAUAAAUGUAAAGAUCCCUGCCCCGGUAUUUGCGCUCCCAACGGAAUUUGUCAAGUCAUCAACCAUCUUCCUUCAUGUUAUUGCCCACCUGGACUUACUGGAGCUGCUUAUUCGUAUUGCAAGCAAAUCGAAGAAGUCGAAAAAUCUACACCUUGCACGCCGUCACCCUGCGGUCCAAACAGUCAGUGCCGCGAAGUUAAUUCUCAAGCAGUCUGCAGUUGCCAGGUUGAUUUCAUUGGCAAUCCACCAAACUGUCGCCCCGAAUGUACCAUUAACAGCGAAUGCGCCAGCGACAAAGCCUGCAAAAACCGUAAAUGCGUAGACCCUUGCGUCAACCAAUGCGGUCGAAAUGCCAACUGCAGAGUGAUAGCUCAUAAUCCGAUCUGCUCUUGUCAAGAGCAGUUCACUGGAGAUCCUUUCACAUAUUGUAUGCCAUCUGUCGUAUCGGUUUCAACGCAAGAUGUCAAUCCUUGUGUGCCUUCACCAUGCGGUCCGAACGCCCAGUGUCAGGAAUACAAAGGAAAUGCUCGUUGCACUUGUUUACCGAACUACAUUAGCACACCACCUCGGUGCAGACCGGAAUGUACAGUGAACAGUGAGUGCAGCGCGGUGACAGCCUGCAUCAACAACAAGUGCGCCGACCCCUGCCCGGGAGCGUGUGGUAACAACGCUCAGUGCAACGUCAACAAUCAUAUGCCAAUCUGUUCUUGCGUCCCAGGCUAUACCGGUGAUCCCUUUACAAACUGUAAUCCAAUGCCACUAGAAACUGAACCACUGGACCCCUGCCACCCUUCACCUUGUGGUCCAAACGCGGCCUGUGAAAACGGAGUCUGCACAUGUUUACCAGAAUACCACGGAGAUCCCUACUUUGGAUGCAAACCCGAAUGUGUUCUCAACUCGGAUUGUCCACGUGAUAAAGCGUGCAUGAAGAAUAAGUGUCACAAUCCAUGCGUGGACACUUGCGGCACGGAUGCUCUGUGUGAAGUCAUCAACCAUAUACCAAUGUGUUCUUGUCCAACAGGAACAACAGGUUCUCCGAUGUACUAUUGCACUAAGGUAAUAGAAACACCAGAAAAACUAAGUUUAUGCGACCCGUCACCGUGUGGCCCAUAUAGUCAGUGCCGAGAAGUGAACGGUCACGCCGUAUGCGUAUGCGUCCAAGGUUACAAAGGAAGUCCACCGAACUGUAGGCCCGAGUGCACAGUCAGCUCGGAUUGCAAACUAAAUGAAGCGUGCUCAAACCAAAAAUGCAUUGACCCUUGCCCCGGAGCUUGCGGCAGAAACACACACUGCAUUGUCGUAAACCAUAAUCCAGUGUGCAGUUGCUUAUCAGGGUAUUCAGGAGAUCCUUUCUCAGUCUGCCAACCGAUCCCUGCGAUACCGCCUGUUAUAAUUAAUCCGUGCCUACCCUCACCUUGCGGACCGAACUCACAAUGUAUAGAAAAUGGCGAAAAGGCUGAAUGUAAAUGCUUACCAGAGUUCAUUGGUGCACCGCCUCAAUGCCGUCCUGAAUGUACCAGUAACGCGGAAUGUACGUCCACGAUGUCAUGUAUAAAUAAGAAGUGCAAAGACCCCUGUGUAGGCUCCUGUGGUGUCAAUUCAGAGUGCAGAGUUGUGAGUCACACGCCGAUAUGCGUAUGUCAAAAUGGAUACACAGGAGAUCCUUUUAUACACUGUAGCAUACAAGUAUCUUACUCAAUAGAGGAACGGCCAACACCUUGUGUGCCCUCUCCAUGUGGUACUAACGCCGAGUGCAAAGAACAAAACAAUGCCGGCUCCUGUACAUGUCAACCGGGUUAUUUCGGAGAUCCUUACGUGGCUUGUAAGCCAGAAUGCUUAAUCAAUUCUGAUUGUCCACCAAAUCUAGCCUGUUACCAAAACAAAUGCCACGACCCCUGUCCCGGUACAUGCGGUAUCAAUGCAAUAUGCAACGUGGUGAACCAUGUACCUAGUUGUAGUUGCCUCGAGCAGCACUACGGAGAUCCGUAUAGAAUUUGUACAUUCAAAAUUUACGAAAAUAAAACCGACCCCUGUAAUCCAUCACCUUGUGGUCCAAACAGCCAAUGCAUCAACAAAAAUGGAUUAGCGAUAUGCACUUGUUUGAGUGGUUAUCUAGGCUCGCCGCCCAGCUGCCGACCGGAAUGCUUAACGAGUUCCGAAUGUCCUCUCGAUAAAGCCUGCGACAACUUCAAAUGUAUAUCACCAUGUCCAAGAGGCUGCGGAGUAAACACAGAGUGCAGAGUCAUCAAACACAACCCUAUCUGUUCUUGUAAACCUCAAUUUACCGGAGAUCCUUUCUCUAUCUGCUACCGUGUCGUUGAAGUACAGUAUCAAGAUAAUGAACCUAUCAACCCUUGUGUGCCUUCACCAUGUGGAUUAAACGCUGAAUGUCGUGACGUCGGCGGUAUACCUUCGUGCACGUGUCAAAUUGGAUACUUUGGAAGUCCACCAAACUGCAAACCAGAGUGCGUAACAAAUACCGACUGUAGCAACGACAAGGCCUGUAUAAAUAUGAAGUGUAUAAAUCCAUGCCAGGGUUCGUGCGGUAUUGACGCUGUGUGCAACGUCAUUAACCAUGGACCUGUCUGUUCAUGUCCCGUCGGUUACCAAGGCAACCCAUUUGUUGCGUGCCACAUUAAACCACCAGAUGUCAUUGAAAAACUUGAUCCCUGCCAUCCAUCACCGUGUGGCUCCAAUGCACUGUGUAACAACGGCGUCUGUACUUGCCUGCCUGAUUAUAACGGAGAUCCUUACUUCGGCUGUCGACCGGAGUGUGUUCUAAGCACCGACUGCCCGAUCGACAAAGCGUGUAUACAAUUCAAAUGCAAGAAUCCUUGUCGCGAUAUGUGCGGAGAAAAUGCUGAAUGCAACGUUUACAAUCACGUGGCCGUGUGCAGUUGUCCGAGUGGCAUGACUGGGGAUGCAUUUUCGCGAUGCAUCAAAAUAGAAAAACCUGUAACAAGACCCUGCGAACCAUCUCCGUGUGGUCCAAACAGUGUGUGCAGAGAAGCGCAAGGCCAAGCUGUUUGUGCUUGUAUAACGGGUUACAUUGGAAAUCCACCUAAUUGUAGACCAGAGUGUAUCCAAAGCGCAGACUGUUCACCAUCACUGGCGUGCAUUAAUAGAAAGUGUCAAGAUCCUUGCCCUGGUUCAUGUGGACAUAACGCGAAGUGUAAAGUUCAUAAUCACAACCCUAUAUGCACAUGUCCACCUAAAUUGACGGGAUCUCCAUUUAAUCACUGUUAUGCUGAAGUAGUGGAAGAAUCAUCAACCAAUCCUUGUCUACCAAAUCCUUGCGGACCACACAGCAUAUGUACAUCGGCGCCGAACAAAGACUCGCCGAUUUGCGCCUGUCAAGCGACAUUUGAAGGAUCGCCGCCGAAUUGUCGUCGCGAAUGUACCACAAGUGAAGAUUGUUCUUUCGACAAGGCCUGCAUAAAUUACAAAUGCAAAGAUCCCUGUCCAGGAUCGUGCGGUUCACAAGCAUUAUGCACCGUGCGCCUCCAUACCGUUAUGUGUUCUUGCGAAGAAGGUUACACUGGUGACCCUUUCAUUUCUUGUAUCCAAAAAAUACACGAAGUUAUACCUUCAGAUCCUUGUGACCCAUCACCUUGCGGCCCGAACUCGCGUUGUAAAGUUUCAAGAAGUGGCGUCGCCGCCUGCGUUUGCAAUGAGGGCUACUUUGGAAAUCCCUAUGAAUCAUGUAGACCCGAAUGCGUUUUGGAUAACGAUUGUCCGUUCGACAAGGCUUGUCGUAACAACAAGUGCCAGGAUCCGUGCCCCGGUGUAUGCGGCACGACGGCGACUUGCCAAGUUAUAAAUCAUUUGCCUUCCUGCAACUGUGCACCAGGGUACACUGGCAAUCCAUAUCAAUAUUGUCACAUCAUUAUAAAUGAACCAGAACCUACGCCCAAAAAUCCAUGUACACCUAACCCUUGUGGCAGUAAUUCUGUAUGCAAGAGUAACAACGGACUAGUUUCAUGCACAUGCGCCCCAGGAUUCUUUGGCGUUCCACCAAGUUGCAGACCGGAGUGUAUCGUGAACUCGGAGUGUGAAUCAUCAAAAAGUUGCGUUAACCAGAAAUGCAUCGAUCCCUGCAUCGGUGCGUGUGGACAGAACGCAGAAUGCAGAGUUAUCAACCAUGCACCUAUUUGUUCUUGUAGUCGAGAAUUUGAAGGAGAUCCUUUCAUUAGAUGCACUCCUAUUCGAGACAUACCAUCGCCAGAAACAGACCCGUGUUCCCCAUCACCAUGCGGACCGAACUCUCUAUGCCAAACAGUGAAUAAAGUGCCAACGUGUACUUGCAUAGAAAACUUUAUCGGCACCCCGCCAAACUGCCGAUCGGAGUGUACUGUGAACUCAGAUUGUCCUGGCACCAUGGCAUGUAUAAAUCAGCGAUGUCGCGAUCCUUGCCACGGCUCGUGCGGCCUAAACACAGUAUGCCAGGUGAACCAGCACGCCGCUAUAUGUAGCUGUAUGGAAGGUUACACCGGUAAUCCAUUCCAGAGCUGUUACGUCAAAGAAGUUAUAGAACACGUGCCUGAAAACUACGACAAAUGCAAUCCAAACCCUUGCGGAGCCAACGCAGACUGUAACAAUGGACUGUGUACAUGUAAAGCGAACUUCUACGGUAACCCCUACAUGAGUUGCCGCCCCGAAUGCUCCCACAAUUCAGACUGCGCACUCAAUCUGGUUUGCUUUAAUAACAAAUGCAUCAAUCCUUGCAACAACCUCUGCGGCCAGGGCGCGCAAUGCGAAGUUUAUAAUCAUCUACCUAUGUGCUUCUGUCCACCGAAUACAACUGGAAAUGCUUUCUUUUCUUGUACACCCGUCACAGUUCAACCGGAGCGACGUAACCCUUGCGAGCCGUCACCGUGCGGUCCUUACAGCACGUGUCGCAGUCUCAACGAACAAGCGAUGUGCUCGUGUCUAAUAGGAUACGUGGGAGUACCACCUUCUUGCAGGCCUGAGUGUUUGGUGGACUCCGACUGCACGAGUCUGAAAUCAUGCUCAAACCAGAAAUGCAUUGACCCCUGCCUAGGAACGUGCGGUUUGAAUGCGGAAUGCAGGGUACACUACCACAAAGCACUCUGUUACUGUCCGAAUGGUUAUAGCGGCGACCCAUUCACACAAUGCUUAGUUAAAGUUCAAGAUGAAAUACCAGCCAAAAAAACUCCAUGUGUACCUUCACCUUGUGGUCCUAAUUCGAUAUGCAAAGCUGUAGGCGAUUCACCAUCUUGUUCGUGUCAGUCGGAUUACAUUGGGUCACCUCCAUACUGCCGGCCAGAGUGCGCAUCGAAUAGCGACUGCAGCUUUGAUAAAUCUUGUAUUAACAACAGAUGCGCAGAUCCGUGUGUCGGAGCUUGUGGUAUUAAUGCUAUAUGCAGAGUCAUUAGCCAUUCGCCACAAUGUAUAUGCGAAGUAAACUACGAAGGUGAUCCGUUUAAUCGUUGCUAUCCUAAGAAACCUUUGAAUUUACCAUCGGAGUCCGACAAGCCAUGCUCACCGAACCCCUGCGGACCCAAUGCGAUAUGUCAGGAACGCAACAAUGCCGCCAGCUGCACAUGUGUUUCUGGAUACUUUGGCGAUCCCAACGAAGGUUGCAGACCUGAGUGCGUAAUUAAUUCUGAUUGUUCCGAUAAUCUCGCCUGUAUAAACAACAAAUGUAAAGACCCAUGUCCAGGUUUAUGCGGCACGAACGCCCAAUGCCAAAUGGUGAAUCAUGUACCUAAAUGUAUUUGCAUACAUGGAUAUGUCGGCAAUCCUUAUGACAUUUGCCGUGUUAUAAAAGAAACUCCAUCUGAUCCGUGCAGCCCGUCACCUUGUGGUCCUUACAGCAUUUGUCAGGCUCGUGAUAAAAAAGCAAUAUGCUCUUGCCAACCCAAUUAUCUUGGUAAUCCACCUAAUUGUCGUCCAGAAUGUAUUACAAAUCCUGAAUGUCCACUUGAUAAGGCUUGUGUUAAGCAAAAAUGUAUAGACCCAUGCAUCGGUACAUGUGGAGAAAAUGCACAGUGUCGUGUACACCAUCACAGCCCAUACUGCACUUGUCUCGCUGGUUACGAAGGAGAUCCAUUCUCUGUGUGCAUUAAAGCUGUCGCUCCACCAGAUAAUAAAAAUCCUUGUGAACCUAACCCUUGUGGGCCAUACGCUACAUGCAAAGACAUUGGCGGCAACGCAAUAUGCAGUUGCAAACUAGGUUACAUUGGUGUACCGCCGACUUGCGCUCCAGAAUGUACCAUUAACGAAGACUGCCCUAAGGAUAAAGCAUGUGUAAGAGAAAAAUGUCUUGACCCUUGCAUCGGAUCAUGCGGCGUUAAUACUAACUGCCGUGCCAUGAACCAUCUUGCCAUUUGCACUUGUCUACUUAAUUAUCGUGGCGAUCCAUUCGUAGGAUGCAGUAUUUACAAAGAAAUAGAGAAACUACCCCCGAUCGAUCCUUGCGCCGGAUCUCCUUGUGGCGUUAAUGCAAUAUGCAGUAAUGGUACUUGUUCUUGUAUUCCUGGAUACCACGGCAAUGCGUACGUCGAGUGCCGACCGGAAUGUACAGCCGACACCGACUGUGAUAAGCAACUAACUUGUGUAAAUUAUAAAUGCGUGAACCCAUGUAAGAACGCUUGUGGUACCGGCGCCGUUUGUAAUGUAUACAAUCACAUAGCAAUUUGUGAAUGUCCGACUCUAAUGCGCGGAGAUCCUUUCCUUUCUUGUCGACCUGUUAUAGAGCCCACCGAAACGGAUCCGUGCUCACCAAAUCCUUGCGGACCUAACAGUGUAUGCCGGGCUAGCGGCACAGUGGCACAUUGCUCAUGCAAACCAGCCAUGUACGAGGAGCCUCCGAGCUGCCGGCCCGAGUGCCGUGCGAACUCCGACUGCCCACCGGACCGCGUCUGUAGAAAUAACAAGUGUCACGACCCAUGUCCGGGCACUUGCGGUGCUCAUGCUAUUUGCCGCACCCGAAUGCACUCGCCAAUAUGCAGCUGCCCGGUUCGCUACACUGGCGAUCCAUUUACCCGUUGUUUACCGAUUGCGUUUGAUACAGAGUCGAAAAAUGUGUCACCGUGCCCAGAUUGUGGUCCAAAUGCGGACUGUAUAGACGGGCAGUGUCGCUGCAGAGUCAACUUCUUCGGGGCGCCACCUUUCUGUCGUCACGAAUGUCUCAGUUCCAGCGAUUGCGAUUGGCGGUUCACCUGUCUCAAUAAGCGAUGUGUCGACCCUUGCCUUGGGGCGUGCGGUCAUGGUGCAGUUUGUAGUACUGUUGGACACAAUCCACGCUGCGAUUGCCCACCGAAUACAACUGGAAAUCCCCUUUUUGCAUGUCGACCCAUCGAAACGAUUCAGAUUCCUCAAAACACGUCAUGCAAUCCGUCGCCUUGUGGACCCGGUGCUAUUUGUCAUAUCAAAGGCAACGCAGCAUCGUGUGAAUGUGAACCUGGGCUCCGCGGAGACCCAUACUUCGGGUGCCGACCAGAAUGUCUCUCCGACUCCGACUGCUCACCGACAAGAGCGUGCAUGCGAUCGCACUGCCGGGACCCAUGCGAAGGCACCUGCGGCAUUGGAGCUGAGUGCGAAACCGUCAACCACAUACCGCUAUGCUCCUGCCCACCCGGCACCAGAGGCAACGCCUUUGUUAAAUGCGAUCCUAUUCCGAUAGCAUUGCCAUGCACACCAUCACCAUGCGGACCUGGCGCACUGUGCUCCGUUUCCGGCAAAAACGCCGUGUGCUCCUGUCCUAGUGGCACCAGUGGCGAAGCGGCCUCCUCGGGCUGCCGGCCGGAGUGUGUCGUCAGCUCGGAGUGCCCACGAGACCGAGCUUGUGUCCGGAACAAAUGUAUCGACCCCUGUGUUGGCGCCUGUGGAAAUGGUGCGACUUGUCGAGUUUUCGAUCAUGCACCGAUUUGCUCUUGUCCACCUCAAACAACAGGAGAUCCAUUCCUCAGUUGCAGAACGUUCGCACCGUCCACGGUCGACCCGUGCGACCCCGAUCCUUGCGGACCACGAGGCACGUGCCGCGACGGGGUGUGCACCUACUACGAGUGUACAGUUAAUGACGACUGUCCCGGAGACCGGUCUUGUAUCAACAGAAAGUGCGCGGAUCCAUGCGUUAACGCUUGCGGUCUGAAUGCGAUAUGCACAGGCAUCAGACACACUGCGGUAUGUUCGUGCCCGCCUGAUUACACCGGCUACGCCCUAGUCCGCUGCGAUCGUAUCACAAUACCGGACGUGAAACCAAAACCAGAAUGUGAAAAUGAUGACCAAUGUCCCGAUAAUGCAGCGUGCAUCGAUUUCCGAUGUGCAGCAAUAUGUGGCCCGAACAACUGCGGCCUGAACGCGCAGUGUAUCGCACGCCAGCACAGAGCUCGCUGUACUUGCUUGCCGGGCUACGAAGGUGACGCAUAUUCAGGAUGCUACUCCGUUCAGUGCCAUAGCAAUAACGACUGUCCCGACGAUGAGAGUUGUGAAAGCGGCUCGUGUAUCAAAGUAUGUUCGCGAUUACGCUGUGGAACUGAAGCUCACUGCGUGGCGCGGGGACACAGCGCGUCAUGCGAAUGCAAUCCGGGAGCGCAAGGAAACCCCUGGACCUCGUGCCGCAGAGACGAGUGUACAAUAGACGAAGAUUGUCCGACAUGGCUGGCUUGCAGGGCGAAGACAUGCCAGGAUCCCUGCCUCGGAGCUUGCGCACAAGGCGCCCAUUGUACUGUCAUGCGUCAUGCACCGAUUUGCGAAUGCCCACGAGGAACCCAAGGCAAUCCGAGAAUAAAAUGUGAACCUGUACAAAGAGACGUUGAGUGCGAAGGCGAUGCAGACUGCGGUCCCGACCUAGCGUGCCUGCGCGGUGUGUGCCGUGACCCAUGCGACGCGACGUCGUGCGGCGCCGGCGCCAUCUGCCGCGUUGCCAACACCCUGCCUUUCCGCACGCUAGUCUGCCAAUGCCCUAAACCGCUUACUGGAGACGCGUCCGUUCAAUGUGUAUCAAGACCACAAUGCGAACAAGACAACGAAUGCGGCGAAGAGGAGCGUUGUGCGAGCGGGCGCUGCGUUGCGGUGUGCGACGAGCGCGCUUGCGGCUCGGGUGCGGAGUGUCGAGCGCAAGCGCAUCGCGCCCUCUGCCGCUGCGUGCCGCCUCUGCAGGGCGACGCCAAUCUAGCUUGCACACCGGGAGAGGAAGGUGCUGGCUGCACAUCAGAUACGGAGUGCGGUGCAGCGGAGGCAUGCGUGGCACGACGCUGCGUGGCGGCGUGCGCGGGCGCUUGUGGGCCCGGCGCGCUCUGCUCCGCGCCACAGCACCGCGCGCGCUGCCACUGCCCCCCGGGCACCGCCGGUGACCCUGCGCGAUACUGUUACACCCCCGAAUGUACCACCGAUGAAAACUGUCCGUUUGACAAGAGCUGCGUGAGCGGCUACUGUCAGGACCCGUGCGCUCUCGGAUCUCCAUGCGGCCGCGACGCUCUCUGCGUGGCCAUUGCCCAUGCGGCAACUUGCCGCUGCCCGCCUGGCACGCAGGGAGACCCCAGAGACGCCUGUGUCACCGUCGCUUGCCACUACAACGAAGAUUGUUCGGACCAUCAAAUUUGCAACCGGCUCAACCACGUCUGUCAACCGGUGUGCACCGACAGUGCCUGCGCCCCGGGCGCUCUGUGUUCGGCCAGCAACCACCAACCCACUUGCACUUGCCUCCCCGGCACCUCUGGAGACGCCUAUGUUCGCGGAUGCGGAACUACUGUGUCUACGACCGAAUGCACCAAAGAUGUCGACUGUGCGUCACCAUUGGCCUGUGUCAAUUCACAGUGCAUUGAUUUGUGCCUGAGUAACCCUUGCGAUGAAGGACUAAUCUGCAAAACAGUGGACAUACUGCCACUGAGAGCCGUGGCAUGCGUGUGUCCGGAAGGCGGGCGCGUGGCACCUAACAACGGGUGUCGGCCGCCGCCCGCCGCGGAGUGUUCCUCGGACACGGAGUGCGGAGAUGGCGAGACGUGCCGGCGUGGCGCCUGCGUGGAGGCUUGCAGAGCCGCGCCCUGCGGAUACAACGCUCUCUGUGAAUCUAUUGACCACGUUUCUCGCUGCUCCUGUCCACCUGGAUACAUCGGAAACCCAAGAAUAGAAUGUAAUAGUGAACCACGAAGACCUACAAUAGUUGAGUGUUAUAAGGACGACGAAUGUGGUUCCGAGCAAUCAUGUGUUGAACGCACUUGCAUCAAUCCAUGUGUGAAUGGUUGCGGCGUAGGUGCGCUUUGUCGGGUCAUCGACCAUAAGCCGCAGUGCUCGUGCCCCAGAGGUUACACUGGAGAUGCCAACUCACGAUGCAUACCACCAUCGGACACAUCUAUAUUACCGGUGGGUUGUAAAACAAACUCAGAGUGCCCACUAUCACAAGCAUGCAUAAACGGCGCAUGCGCUAGUCCAUGUGUAUGCGGCGACAACGCAGAAUGUGAUGUCGUAAGGCAUCAUCCUGUCUGCUACUGCUCACCUGGCUUCUCAGGAAACCCUUACACUGGAUGUACCAAAGUAAGCUGCAGUUCGGAUAAUGAAUGCCCCGAUAGUGACACAUGUUACAAUGGAGCAUGCGUUAACCCUUGCGUUCUUGAAGCGCCGUGCGCCAUCACCGCAGAAUGCUACGGACAAGCUCAUCGGCCCAACUGCCGCUGUCCACCUAGAACUAUAGGAAAUCCAUACGAUAAAUGUCAAUCAAGCGAGUGCGAGGUCGACACCGACUGCAACGACGACAGCGUUUGCAUGAAAGGAGUUUGUUACGACGCUUGCUCAGUCGAAGGGCGCAAUCCUUGCGCCAGCAAUGCAGAAUGUUACGCACGAAAUCACGCAGCGGCUUGCAAGUGCCCACCCACACUUCCUCUAGGCGAUCCUUUGACUUACUGCCAGAGAGUUGUCAUCAUAGGAGAACCGGAAUGCCGAAUGGACGGAGACUGUCCCAGCGGUCACGCUUGUCUCAGAGAUAAAUGUCGCGAAGCUUGUUCCGAACUAAAACCGUGCGUCGGCAAUUCUCAAUGCUCGGUAUCAGACAGCGUACCAUUCCGUACCUUAAUAUGUCGCUGUCCAGAAGGAUACACACCAGAUGAAAGAGGUUCGUGCAAACCUGCACAAUUGCCAUCCCUCAGUUGCUCCUCUGACCAGGACUGUAGUGACAGCGAAUCUUGUGUUAACAGAAUUUGUCGCAAUCCUUGCAGUUGUGGGGAUAAUGCGGAAUGCUUCGUUCGGGAUCACAGACCUGUAUGUUCGUGCCGAGAAGGCUACGACGGAAAUCCCUACCUAUCAUGUCGCAUAGUCGGUUGUCGAACUGAUACUGAAUGUGAAUCGCACCAAGCUUGCAUCAACGGAAACUGCAUAAGUCCAUGCUUGUCGAACAACACUUGCGGAACGAACGCCGAAUGCUACGUGGAAAGAAACCGACCUCUCUGUCGCUGCAGAUCUGGAUUCGAAGGCGACGCAUAUACGAACUGCAAUCUCGUCGAAUGUAGAGCUAACGGUGAUUGUCCACAGGACAAACAGUGUCACGCGCAUAGAUGUAUCGACCCUUGUCUCUCUGGAAAUAUUUGCGGCACGAAUGCCAUCUGCUUGGUAAGAAACCAUCUUGCAGUUUGUAAAUGCGACCAAGGUUAUGCUGGCAGCCCCUAUGUUGAAUGUCGACGAGAAUCUACGCCACUAUGCUUUGUAGACGCUGACUGCCCGUCAAGACUUGCCUGUCUAUCUUCUAGAUGUGUCAAUCCAUGCACAGAAUUACGUCCCUGCGCCACACCAGCAACUUGUGAGGUUUCCCCGACAUUACCCGUUCGCACUAUGCUCUGCACGUGCCCAGUGGGAUACGUAAGCAGCGGCGGCGGCGUUUGCCGACCAGCAACAUCGAUCACCGACAACGUCUGUGUAUUGGACAAUAAUUGUAGCGCAAAUCAUGCUUGCGUAAAUUCCUUGUGUAAGAACCCAUGCUCCUGUGGACCGAACUCCGACUGUAGAAUAAAAGAUCAUAAGCCGGUAUGCGCUUGUCGACCAGGAUUUAUCGGCGACGCACGAACCGGUUGUUACGAGAUUAGCUGUCGCGCCGACAGCCAGUGCGCAGAAGACGAGACUUGUAUGAAUAACCGCUGUAUACCGGCAUGUUCGGUAGACGCUAAUAUCUGCGGCCGCUCGGCGGAGUGUUACGGUACCGACCAUCGCGCUUCCUGCCGUUGCAAGGUUGGAACUGUCGGCAAUCCAUCCAUCGCCUGCACCCCUAUAUCUUGCCGAGCAGAUAGCGAUUGUCCGGUCGAUAAAUCUUGUAUCAACUCUAAAUGCGUGGAACCUUGCUCGGAAACCACUUGCAAUGAACCUGCCGAAUGUAGAGUGCAUCAACACGAAGUGUACUGCGUCUGUCCGCCGGGUACCCAGAGUGCAGACGAUGGCUGCGUGAAGACCGGAGCUCCGCAGUGCGCCACUGACGUCGACUGCCCGUCAGGAUUAGCCUGCUUUAACGCUACAUGCGUCAAUCCAUGCUCGAAGACAACACCAUGUGGUAACAACGCCGAAUGUCAUGUAGUCAACACUCUUCCCGUAAGAACUAUGAUAUGCGCAUGCAAAUCAGGAUACAAAGGAAAUGCACUCAUCGAAUGUACACCAUAUUUAACACCUAGAACAAAAUGCAUAGACGGCCAAGGAAUCGAUAGUAAUGGUGACUGCGUGCCUUGUAACGCAAACGAAGGACGAACAGUAGACGGUCGUGGCCGUUGCGUGUGCGACUGGGACAAGGGCUACACGCCGCGCGGCAAUACGUGCGUGGCCAUCGGGUGCCGCGCGGACGAGCAGUGCGACGAGAAGUCGCGCUGCAUUAACGGCGCCUGCGUCAACGCCUGCGAGGCGGAACCCUGCGGCCAGCACACGACUUGCGAGGUCAUCGGGCACCGCUCGCGCUGCGCCUGCAUCUCCGGCUACAUCGGCAACCCAAGGGUUCAAUGUUACAACGCGACCACUACGCAAGAUAAUUAUAGAACUGAUUUCCCACUUCCAGACAUGCAGGUUCACUGCCUAGCGGAUGGAGUUCGAGUCAGUCUUAAGAUCAAGGACUUUAACGGGGUGCUGUACGUCAAAGGCUACAGUAAGGAUGAAAGAUGUAGACUGGUCGUGCACACUCCAGGGAAUCAAGAGAGCACCGUGGACUUUACAGUCCACUUCGGCGAUUGCGGUUUGGUUCAUGUGAACGGUCUGGCGAGCUUUGUGCUGGUGAUGCAGAUACAUCCAACUCUGUUAACAUCAAACGCUAAGGCGUUCCACAUCAAAUGCAUCUACCAAACGGGCGAACAGAACGUGACGUUGGCGUUUAACGUAUCGAUGCUGACAACAGCGGGCACGAUAGCCAACACAGGGCCGCCGCCCACUUGCUCCAUGAGAAUCGUAUCGAGAUCUGGCGACGAAGUCAGCUCUGCUGAAAUUGGAGAGAACCUCGUUUUACAAGUCGAUGUUCAACCAUCAAGUAUAUAUGGUGGGUUUGCAAGAAGCUGUAUAGCGAAGACGAGUGAAGUAUCGACGAAUAUAGAAAAUGAAUACACCGUAACGGACGCGGACGGAUGCGCUACGGAUGCCGCGAUCUUUGGAGAAUGGGAAAGAAGCGAGGAUGGAAGCGCUCUACGGGCAGCCUUUAACGCCUUCAAGUUCCCAAGUAGCGACAAUAUUCGAUUCCAAUGUAAUAUACGCGUCUGCUUCGGGAAAUGUCAGCCGGUUAACUGUCGCGGAUACGACGCUUUCGGAAAGCGUAGAAAACGAGAAGUAAUCGAUCCUAAGAAUGACCUGUACGGAAACGAAGGUCAAUUCAGGGAGGAGGUGGUCGUCGAAUCGAAUCCGAUAUUGACGCUGGAACGACGCGACCCGUCGCGAGUAGCCCGGCAGCGGGACGCCGGCGGCGCGAGUGGCGCGGGCGGCGCUUCCGGCGGCGAGGUGUGCGUGUCGGCCGCCGGACUAGCCGUGGCGCUGGCGCUUACAGCGCUGCUGGCGCUGGUGGCGGUAGCCGCGGCCGUGGCGUGCUGGCUGGUUGCGUGGCGCCGCGCGCGGCCGCCGCCCGCGCCUCUACCGCACCCGCCCGAUUUCCCCAACCCGCUGUUCCAGCGCUGAGCAGCUCGCUAGUCGCGCGCCCCGCUCCUCCGCCGGCGCCGGGCGGUGUCGGCUCUUCUUUCCUCUCGGCUUGAAUCUGUGCGCGCCGCCGGAGGACCGCCGGGCGAGGGCGCAGCGAGCGCCUCCCUCGCUCGCGCUCACUGCGCCCUAUCUAGAUUUACUUUUAUAUUUUAUUUUAACUCUUUAACAUAGACUCGCCUCCUUCGAACUUUGUGAUAUUCAUGAUAUAAAUAUUCGAAAUCACCAUACCUUUAUGUAAUAUAACUAUUGACUGUAGUUUGUAAGCAAAUAAUAUUAAUAAAUAAUAAUGACAAUA